GAUCUUAGUUCCCCUUCCCUGCCUCCUGAGCAAAGCAGCCGCUCCCCAGUCUCUCCUCCUGGGCAUCAUCCAGGCAGCCGGUCAGAGAUCCUUCAGUGUGAGUCUCUCUCUCUCUCCAAGGACAUCUUCCAGCCUGAGGGUUAGAAGACAGCUGUCCAAGCCUCUGGCUGCUGCAGGCGACCGUCUCUGUUAGUAAGUUUCUUGUUAACUUGGGGAAUCCCCCUUCCCCAACGUAUUCCGGAGGGAAAGUUUAUGCUUCUUUUUAUCCAAAAAAUUUCCUAGCAGUACUAGAAGGUGGCAAAGAGGGCAGUGUUGUUUCCGGCAGGGUUCCUGUGGGUUGCGAAUUAAUGUGCCACUUUUCUUUUGCUUUCUGUGAACUGAAAUGCUUGGCUCUUUCCAUUGGCUGUGCAAUGGAAGAGGCUCCGUCUCUCAGAUUCUCAAAAUCACCCACUUCUUUCUGAGCCCAUUGUUGGCAAUCUCACCAUCGGGCAGGGCACCCUGGCUCAGAUUCAGAACCCUGGAUACUCUUCCAUUGCCUUCUUCAGAUGAAACCUCCAAAUGUUUUAUAUGCAUGUCGCUUCCCUUUGGCUCCAUCCCAUGGGACCACCUUUGGAGCAGCAGGAUCCGGGUCUGCGCCUCUGGACCGUCCAGGCUCGCCUGCAUCCCCCCUCCUCCUCCUCGCCCUCCCACCUCACGCUCCAAUGCUCCACCCAGCCAGCACCAACCCUCUGGCUCAGCUGCUUCCAGAUCUUAGUUCCCCUUCCUUCCUCCUGAGUAAAGCAGCCGCUCCCCAGUCUCUCCUCCUGGGCAUCAUCCAGGCAGCAGGUCAGAGGUGAGUCUGUCUCAGUGUGAGUCUGUCUGUCUGUCUGUCUCUCUCCUCUCCAAGGACACCUUCCAGCCUGAGGGUUAGAAGACGGCUGUCCAAGCCUCUGGCUGCUGCAGGUGACUGUCUCUGUUAGUACGUUUCUUGCUAGCUUGGGUAAUCCCCCUUCCCCAACUUAUUCUGGAGGGAAAGUUUGUGCUUCUUUUUAUCCAAAAAAAUUCCUAACAGAACUAGAAGGUGGCAAAGGGUGCAAUGUUCUUGCCGGCAGGGUUCCUGUGCAUUGUCAGUUGCCAACAAAUUAAUGUCAACUUUUCUUUCGGUUUCUGUGAUCUGAAAUGCUUGGCUCUUUCCCUCGGCUGUGCAAUGGAAGGGGCUGCCUCUCUCAGGAUCUCAGAAUCGCCCCGUUUUCUCUGUACCCAUUGGCAAUCUCACAAUCGGGCAGAGCCAGGGCCGGAUUUAGGUUUGAUGAGGCCCUCAGCUACUGAAAGUCAUGGGGCCCUUGAUCUGUCCAGCUGUCAUUUGUAAACAACAUUUUGUCACUUUUUGUGUGUGUUGAAUGUGUGCUAUAUGGUCACUGAAGGACCUAAUAGGUAUCUAAAGCCAUUUGCACAUAAUGAAAUAUAGGUAGGUAGCCUUGUUGGUCUGACAGUCAAAAUAAAUAAAAAAAAUAAAAAAUUGACCAGUAGCACCUUAAAGACCAACUAAGUUUGUUCUCAGUAGAAGCUUUCAUGUGCAGGUGCCCUUCUUCAGAUACACGGAAACAGAAGUCCCCAGACCCUGAUAUAUAGAGGGAGGGUGGGGCGGGGUUUUUCAGACCAGGUCUCUCCAUAGUUUUCAGCUGAGUGAUAAGUUACAAUUCAGCCACUUCUCUCUCAAGUCUAUUUCCGAAAUUCUUUUACAGUAUGACAGCUGCUUGGAGAUCCUGCGUUGAAUGUCCCAGGAGAUGGAAGUGUUCUCCUCCUGGCUUAUCUGUCUGGUCUGAAUAGAGAUAUUGGAUUCUGGUCUCAUUACACAUGCUAAAGCUAAUUUUGGUCAUCUGCAUACUUUCUCUUGCUUUUUCUUGUAGGACUAAUUGCAGUCAUUCACAGUCGUCCACAGGUUGACCAUACCCACUGAGUCCUACUACCCUCAUGAGAAGGGACGCGGGUGGCGCUGUGGUCUAAACCACUGAGCCUAGGACACAGCAGCCAGAUGCUCAGCCAGAUGUUGCAGGGCCUGUUUAUUUCCCUUCCCACUUGGAGGGACGCAGUGGGGCAUGGUGGUUUUGUAACAUGGAGAGCACAGCACAAAAACCAAAUGUUUUCCCUGUAGAGAAGGAAGUGGUGGAGAUCACAGAAUUGCAGAGUUGGAAGGGACCCUUACAAUGGCUUAGGCAUGGCUUCUUUCUUUCUUUGGCGAUCCCUUGUAGCUGAGUCAGAUUGUUUUCCAUUAACACAGUUUUAGCAAUGAGUCUGUAAGUGACCGUGGAGGCCAAUUCUGUAUCCACAUGUCCUUCCACAGUGGGGACAUUGGUUUCCGGGCGGGAGUUGAUCCCGCAAGUGUGCCUUCCUCUUAGCGUGUUUCUCCCUUGCAUCCAGAGUUUGAGUGUCUUCAAACCCCAUUGACACCUUUGGUCAAGGCUGUUCUCCCAUUGGAGCUAUCGCAGGCCAGUGUUUCCCAAUUGUCAGUGUUUAUACUACAUUUUUAAAGAUCUGCCUUGAGAUCUUUCAACCGCUUUUGUGGACCACCAGCAUUAUGCUUUCCAUUUUUAAGUUUGGAAUAGAGUAGUUGCUUUGGAAGACGAUCAUCAGGCAUCCGUACAACAUGACCAGUCCAAAGUUGAUGUUGAAGAAUCAUUGCUUCAACACUGGCGAUCUUUGCUUCUUCCAGUACGCUGGCAUUAGUUCUCCUGUGUCUUCCCAAACUUUUUGGAGACCCUUUUGAUGGAAUCUUUCAAGGAGUUGGAGACGGCGUUGAUAAGUGGUCCAUGUUUCACAAGCAGACAGUCAGAUUGGUAGUACCAUAGCAAAUUUGGGUUUCCCUGCAAAUGUCCCAGUCCUCAAAUACUCUGCUCUUCAUUCGGGAGAAAGCCGCACUCGCAGAGCUCAGGCAGUGGUGGAUUUCGGCAUCAAUGUCGGCCCUUAUGGAAAGAUAACUCCCUAGGUAGGAGAAGUGAUCGACACUUUCCAACAUUACACCAUUGAGCUGGAUUUGUGGCGCUGCAGAGGUAUUAUUUUGUGCUUGUUGGUGCAGCUCUUUGGUUUUUUGCAUGUGAAGCGACAGGCCAAGCUUUUCGUAAGCUUCUGUGAAGAUAUUUAGGGUGGUUUGGAAAGCAAAGAGCCGAGUUCCAAAUUUUGGAACCAAAUAUGGCUUGAAUCAUUUUAGGGUUGUGCCUGGAAGAGAAAUACAGUCAUACCUCGGGUUAAAUACACUUCGAGUUGAGUGCGUUCGAGUUGUGCUCCGCGGCAACCCAGAAGUAACGGAGUGCGUUACUUCCGAGUUUUGCCGCAUGCGCAUGCGCAGACGCUCAAAAUGACAUCACGUGCAUGCGUAGAAUUUGGCGAAAAGUGACGCGCAUGUGCGCAGACGUGCCAUCACUAGAUACGUUUACCUCUAGAUUCGAAUGGGGCUCCGGAAGGAUCCCGUUCGUAUCUAGAGGUACCACUGUAGAUGUGUUUAGGGUUACAGUGGCGGCAGCAGUAACAAAGACGAACAGCUCCUUUCACAUUCCUAAAUGUGUCCAAGUUCCGAUGUCAGCUUAAAGGCUUAGGUUGCAGUGAGUAAAUAUGCAUAGGAAUCAGAUGAUGGGAUUCAGCUGCUAAUUAUGCCAGGAUUAUGCCACUCCCAAUUUGUCCACUCCUGCUGGCCUUUGCAAAAACUUCGUAACCCAAAUCUAGUGCUAGAGUUUGCUCUUUUCUCCCUCCCUCAUCCUCCCUUUUCCUUUUGUGUCGUGUCUGUUAGAAGGAAACACAGGCGUUUGUAGGGUUUUUUGGAAGCUCUUAUUUUUUUUUAGCCAAGUAAGAUUGUCUUCCAUAAAUACAGUUUUAACCAUGACUUUGGAGGCCAAUUCUGGAUCCCCACAUCCUUCCACAGUGGGGACAUAGGUUUCUGGGCAGGAACACACACACAUACCAGCCUGUGCCAAGGUGCCAGUCCAGAUUGGGGGGCCCUGCCGUGGCAGUUUAGUUUGAAAACCCCAUUGGCACAAAUUGUGAAUUGCACAAACGGUGCCACGUCAAUGUAGGCCUUGACACAACCUUUUUUUAGUAAGGCAUCAAGACUUUUAGUAAGGCUUUCGCUGCACAGCUAUCCCUCUUGCUGUUCCGGAUUCCGAGAUUCAGGAUUUUUUUUUCUUGUUUUCCUCCUCCAAAAACUAGGUGCGGUAAUUUGUUUAACCAAUCCUCUAUUGAGGGGACAGUGUCCCCUUUCCAAUUUUUAGCUAUCAACAACCUGCCAGCGGCCGUGGCAUUUAGAAACACACUUUUCUUAUCAUUCAGGAUGUCUUUUGUAACAAUACCUGUUAGGAAUGCUUCUGGCCUUUUCUCAAAGGAUGUUUCAAACAUCUUUUUUAGUUCUUCAUAAAUUGUAUUCCAGACCGCCCCCCCCCCCCCAUUUUUUCGCAUCCCCACCAUAUGGGAAACAUUGUUCCUUCUGCUCUGUUGAAUCUCCAACUUCAGUUGGAUUUUAAUUUGUACGUUUUAGCAAGUCCGGUUGGGGUCAUGUCCAACCUGUGCAUCAUUUUCAUUUGGUUCUCCUUAAUUGUGUAACAGGCAGUCAAUCUAAUAUCUCGCCUCCAUAGCUUUCCCCACUGCUCUGGGAUAUUCAUGCAUAGCGACUGCACAGUCUCUCUCUCUCUCUCUUUCUCCUCUCGCCUCCAUUGCUGCCAAAAUAUUUGGGUGGCUGCCCCCUCCCUCCCUCCCUCUCUGGUUUCUUCAGCCCUCUCUGGCUUGUGGCGAAACGUUCCUCUCUGUAUCUUCUCUUGACAUCCGCGGUGUCAAGGAAUGAAUCCAUUGUAAACGGAUGAGUCACUUUAAUCUCGAUUUUAUUUUGGGCGGCUAGGGCGGCUGCCAAUGGCCAAUUUAAAGCGCCAACCCACCGCUUGUACGGUAGGGCGGUUCAUAAAAAACUUUUUUUUGAAAAUGCCUACUCCAAAGGUCUUAUCUUACCACACUAGGGAUUAUAUAGCUAUAGCUGAAUUUUCAUGCAUAUCAGUUAAUAUCUCGACCCUCCUCCACAAAAAUAGCUGUUUACUUCACCUUGUGGGGGCCAGACUAUAUUUUAAGGGGGGGGAAUAAACGAAUUCCUAUGCCCCACAAAUAAGCCAGAGAUGCAUUUUAAAUAAAAGGACACAUUCUACUCAUGUCAAAACACGCUGAUUCCCGGACCGUCUGCGGGCCGGAUUUGGAAGGUGAUUGGGUCUGAUCCAGCCCCUGGGCCUUAGGUUGCCUACCCAUGCUUUUAACUAACCAGAAAGGAAAUCUGGAAUCCUCAGGAAAAGGGCAGGGCUACACUGCCUUGCUGGCCAGGCUCUCUCAAGUGCAGUCCUAUAUUCUUGGCUUCCUAACUUCUGUGAUGAACAAAUUGUCCAGUAGCACCUUAGAGACCAACUAAGUUUGUUCUGGGUCUAAGCUUUCAUGUGCAAGCACACUUCUUCAGAUACACUGAAACAUGCGCACAAAAGCUUAUACCAAGAACAAACUUAGUUGGUCUCUAAGCUGCUACUGGACAAUGUUUUUAUUUUUUAAUAUAUUUCAAAUGCGUCAGAUCAACACAGCUAUCUACCUGAUUCUGUACUGAAAGUCCACCUCACCCUAUGUCGGAAUGGAAGGGGGGCAUGUGCCUCCAUUAUUUCUUUUUGAUAUACUUCGUAUUUGCUAUCUUAUUUGGCCAACCUCCCUGUAAGGACUGCGUGGGAGGGGAAAGAAAGAAAGAGUAUUUCAUCAUUGUUAUGAUUAUAGUCUAGCUAUCACAUUACCUGCAUGGAAAUGAUUUGUGAAUUUUGCAAUUACCUUCAACGGAUUGACAAGAAUAGAUGAUGGAAAUGAUGGUUUCUAGCCAAAAUGCAGGCUGAUUUGUCAUGGAAGGAGAUAAAACAAAGAAGUUUGGACAUAUGCCUGGUACAAAUGGCAAAAAGCCAGAUUUCCUCCACCUUGGGACGCGUCGCAGUGGAAAAUCACAGGCACAAGAAAGAGAAAGAGAAACGCCACGGACAGACUGUUGAGUCCAAAGAAUAUAAAGAGAGAAAUAAAGAAAAUAAAUAUCCACACAGAAACAUAUGACAUUGGUCCAACCCACUUGCCGGACGAACUCAGUCUGUUAAAAAUAAACGAAGGAUCAAUAUUGGAAUGUUUUAUUGGAUUGACCUGGACUAAUUAAGAUAAGCCGCACAAAUGUGAAAUCACCAUCACGCCCGCCCGCCCCGAACCUCAGAGCAUGGGAAGUCAACCAAGGACUUACUAUUUGGCUUAAUAUUUGGAUCAUUUGGUGAUUUUAUCAUUUGGAAUGUUUUUAAUGUGGUAUUUAUUAGAUUGUUAAAAUGGAAAUUUAAUCAACAUUACUAUAAAAAGAGAAGGAAAGAAAGUCCACCUCACCCAAAGUAGUGGGAGACCAGGGAAUACCCAUUUGCACCGCGAGCCUCCUCCCAGAGGCCUCGGUGGCAUCCGAUAGGUGGUUGCUAAGCAACCACGGAUGCCUCCCUGGUCCUCCAUCUCCUGUUAACUGUGACAUCUUCUCUCCUCACUGUCACUGAGAACACCCAAAGGAGAACGCAGAGCCCAGAGGCUUCACCGAGGUCACCCACAUGUGCGAGAAAAAUGAUGGUGAAGGAAGCAGAAACACGGAAACGGAUGUCAACGACAAAGGCAAUUUCUGGGGGAUGCUAUUAGUUUUGUGGCUUGGGAGGAAAUGGGUGGAGGGUCUCAGCUAGUGGUACCUGCCACCCCCCCCCCAAAAAAACCCUCCAUGAUUGUUAAGAGUCCUGCUGCAGACUGAAAAUUCCCCGCCCCAAUGCGAUUAAAUCAAAAAGCUCUGGGGUAAUAUUUACGAAGAAUUUUAAUGGGUGUUCAAAAUGACAUUUGAAAAAAGACCAGAAGCCUUUCUUCUCCCCCCCCCCCCCGGGUAACACUUCUUUAUUCAUUUUAUGUACAAUCUUUACAACAAAAGACUUCACAUCCAAGACAAAACAGUAUAUAACAAAACCUUGAGUCUCAUAUUUUCAUUUGUACUGAUUCUUCUCAGAUUCCCUUAUUUUACUAUUCCUUAAUUUCUGUCUCCUUUUGGUUCCUUAUCCUUAAUCUCUUAGGUCCCAUAUAUAUCUUUAACAAUUUUUCAAUUAAUGCCCUCACCUCCUUCCCCCUAAACUUGUUGCUUCCCUUCACCCAUGUACGAUCUUCUUUACAUACUAUUGUUGCUGUUUUUGUUGUUGAGUUAACAGCUGUUUAUAUUUGUUUUUCCAUAUUUGUUUUAAUAUCAUCCUAUAACCUUGAGCCCUUUAAACUAUCGCAUAUCAAUUUUAGACUCCGAAGCCAACUCUUUUCAUGUAAUCCUUUACGCACUCUCACUCUUUAUAAAAAAAAUUAUUAGCACAGCCUCUAAUUGUUGCUGUUAACUUUGCCAUCUCUGCAAAUUCACAAAGUUUAGCUUGCCAUUCUAGUAAUUCUGGAAUUUUGUCUGUUUUCCGGUUUUUUGCCACUAAUAUUCUGCCCGCUGCUGUUGAAUAAAGGAAUACAUUCCUUUUAUCCUUGGGGAUGUCACUAGAUAUUAAGCCCAGCAGAAAACAUUCUGGCUUUUUAGAAAUUGAACUCCUAAGUAUCUUUUUGAGCUCUUCAUGUAUCACAAUCCAAAACUGUUUAACCACCUUACACCACAUGUGGCACAUUGUCCCCACCUCCCUCCAGCAGAGAUUUGAGUACUUUUUGUACAUCUUUGAUAAUUUUACUGGGGUGAGGUACCAACGAUAGAACAUCUUCAUUAUAUUCUCUUUAAUCAGAUAGCAGGCUGUAAAGUUUAUAUCGGUUUUCCAUAACCUUUCCCAUCUCUCUAAAUGGCCCAGAAGCCUUUCUUCUAGGAAUAGGGACAUCCCCAACAACAAGAAAAAAAAUUCUUAUACGCCUCCAGGAUUUUGGUGGCAAAAAACUGGAAGGGAGAUAAAGUCCUUUCAGUGGCAGAAGGGCAAAUUGAAUUUUGUGAAUUCAUUGAAUUGGCCAAAAUGAUGACAGCAAUCAGAUUACAUUCUAACCAAAACUUAAAGAAAGAGUGGGAAUGUGUAGAUGAAUCUAUGGGAAAACAGUGUUCUGAAUGAAAUUGAUUUAUAUGUUUAGACUGAAAUCCACAAAGUUACAAUAGAAAGAGCUACAAGAUUAUAUGGGAUAAUAUCUAAAGUACAAAAUUUUUCUGUCUAUAAGAUGCCCCCAUGUAUAAGAUGCCCCCUAUUUUUGGGGACUCAGAUUUAAGAAAAUGGGGGGGAGAGAUAUCCAUGUACAAGACGCCCCCCCUAAUUUUUAACAUUAUUUUUUAGGGGGGAAACCUAGUCUAAUAAUAAUAAUAAUAAUAAUAAUAAUAAUAAUAAUUUGUACCCCGCCCAUCUGGCUGGGUUUCCCCAGCCACUCUGGGUGGCUUCCACAGAGACCAAAAAUACACUAAGAUGUCACACAUUGAAAACUUCCCUGAACAGCCUUAAGAUGUCUUCUGACUGUCAGGUACAGUGGUGCCCCGCAAGACGAAUGCCUCGCAAGACGGAAAACCCGCUAGACGAAAGGGUUUUCCGUUUUGGAGGUGCUUCGCAAAACGAAUUUCCUAUGUGCUUGCUUCGCAAGACGAAAAUGUCUUGCGAGUUCCUGCGGGGUUUUUUUCCUUUCCCCACCUUUCCCCAAGCCGCUAAACCGCUUAUCAGCUGAUGGCUAAGCCGCUUAACAGCUGAUGCUAAGCCGCUUAUCAGCUGAUCGUUAAGCCGCUUGUCAGCUUAUCGUUAAGCCGCUUAUCAGCUGAUCGUUAAGCCGCUUAUCAGCUUAUGUUAAGCCGCUUAUCAGCUUAUGUUAAGCCGCUUAUCAGCUGAUCCACUAAGCCCGCUAAGCCGCUAAUACUGUAGCACUAAUCCGCUAAUGGGCUUGCUUCGCAAGACGAAAAAACCCGCAAGAUGAAGAGACUGGCGGAACGGAUUCUUUUCGUCUUGCGAGGCACCACUGUAGUUAUUUAUCGCUUUGACAUCUGAUGGGAGGGCGUUCCACAGGGCGGGCGCCACUACUGAGAAGGCCCUCUGCCUGGUUCCCUGUAGCUUUGCUUCUCGCAAUGAGGGAACUGCCAGAAGGCACGGAAAAAUACAGUAUACUGUUUGAACACAAAUAAAGGAUAUACUGUAGAAAUCAAUCUAAUGGGGCCAAGCAUGGGUGGAGGGAAGGUCAUAGGGACACUAAGGGUGAAAGGAUGUUUGGAUACAUAUAUAUACAAUGUACGUCAAAAAAUGUUAAAAGGUGUCUUCUUUUAAAUGGAUCAAAGUAUUAAUGUGAGGAGCAAAUAAAAGUUAAUUUUAAAUGAGGGAGAAAGGGAAAUCCCCUGCAAUAAAAGUAUGUUUAGGGGUCCCAGAUGAGACAACCAAGGUCCAUAAAAGGGCAGGGCUGUGCCAGGGCCCCGGUUGGCACAUGCAGAGCGAGGGCUGCAUGUUCACUGCAACAUAAUGGAGACCUUUCGGAAAACCUGCCUAGCCUGUGUAGUAAGCCAGCCAGACGAGCUGCAUAAAAAUAAAAUGGGAUUUAUAUCAUCACAGAAGCUUAGGAAAGAGUACUAUGGUCCCAGCAAAGCAGCCAUGGUUCCAGAUGUGCAGUUAAAAUAACUACAAACAUCAGAUUCAGGUAGGUAGCCAUGUUUGUCUGAUGCAGUCGAGAGAGAGAGAGAGAGAGAGACAAAAUAAUAAUAAUAAUAAUAAUAAUAAUAAUAAUAAUAAUAAUAAUGUCCAGUUUUCCUCCAUGAAAAUAGCUGUUUCCUUGGCCAUUUUCCUAUGUUGUGAAGGCUGAAAUGUCAAUUCAGUGGAGCAGGGUCAAGAUAUUAACUGAUAUGCAUGAAAUUUCAGAUAUAGCUAUAUAAUCCCUAGUGUAGUAAGAUAAAACCUUGGGAGCAGGUCUUAAAAAAUAAGGUUUUUUAUGAACCGCCCUACUAUAUAUAGAUGUCUUUUGUUUUUCUAGCUUGAUCAAAAUGAUUGAUUCUUUCAUAACAGGUAGAUAGUUAAGAGAUUAGGCAGCUUCCGUCCACCCCAGAAUGUGGCGCCCAAGUGCCCCACGCCCCUUGCGCCCCUGGGUCAAGACGGCCCUGACCUGCCACCCCCCCAAAAAACUCCAUGGCUCUUAAGAUUCCUGCUGUGGACAGAAAACCCCUCACCCUGAACGAUGGAGAAAUGCAAUAAAAAUACAUUUAGGGGUCCCAGACGAGACAACCAAGGUCCAUAAAAGGGCAGGGCUCUGCCAGGGCCCCCGGUUGGCACAUGCAGAGCGAGGGCUGCAUGUUCACUGCAAUGCAAUGGAGACCUUUUGGGAAACCUCUGCCCAUGGCGCCCUGCCCAGCCUUUGACCUGCCUGCGUAGCAAGCCGGCCAGACAAGCUGCAUAAAAAUAAAAUGUGAUUUAUAUCACAGAAGCUUAUGUCAGGGUCCCAGCCAAGCAGACACAGUUCCUGGCAUGCAGUUAAAAUAACUGCAAAGAGGAUGACAGGGAGAAGAAUCCACACUUUUGUUGUUGAUCCAUCUCCAGAUUGAAAAUGAUGCAGUUUGGUCUGCAGCCCCAGAGAUGUGGGGGUCAGAACAUGGCCUCCCUAUCUCAGUCUAAUAAUAAUAAUAAUAAUAAUAGUAAUAGUAAUAAUAGUAGUUAUAACAAUUUAUUAUUUCUACCCCGCCCAUCUGGCUGGGUUUUCCCAGCCACUCUGGGCAGCUUCCAACAGAAGGUUAAAAAUACAUUGAAACACCAGUCAUUAAAAACUUCUCGAAACAGGGCUGCCUUCAGAUGUCCUUUAAAAGUGAGAUAGUUAUUUCCUUGACAUCUGAUGGGAGGGCGUUCCACAGGGCGGGUGCCACUACCGAGAAGGCCCUCUGCCUGGAUCCCUGUAACCUCGCUUCUCACAGGGAGGGAACCACCAGAAGGCCCUCAGAAGAGGGACCCCGGUGUCCGGGGUGGAGAUGCUCCUUCAGGUCUAUUGGGCUGAGGCCGUUAAAGGCUUUCAAGGUAAGCACUGAGACUUUGAAUUGUGCCCAGAAAAGUCCCGGGAGCCGAUGCAGGUCUUUCAGGACUGGUGUUAUAUGGCCUUGGUGAGACUUGAUUUAAAACUUUUAUUUUACAGAAAGGUUCAACCUUGCUGGCAUCCUCUUAAUAGUGACAACCAGAGGAAAGUUUCCUCUACCAGGCCAUUUAGAGCUUUCAAGGUCAGCACCAACACUUUGAGUUGUGCCUGGAAACGUCCUGGGAGCCAAUGCAGGUCUCUCAGGACUGGUGUUAUGUGGUCUCAGGGGCUGCUCCCAGUCCCCAGUCUGGCUGCCGCAUUCUGGAUUAGUUGUAGUUUCUGGGUCACCUUCAAAGGUAGCCCCACGUAGAGUGCAUUGCAGUAGUCCAAGCGGGAGAUAACCAGAGCAUGCGCCACUCUGGGCAGGUAGGGUCUCAUCCUGUGUCCCAAAUGGAGCUGCCCUGGACACAGAAUGGACCUGCGCCUUCAUGAACACCUCUGAGUCCAAAAUGGUGUCCAGGCUGCACACCUGGUCCUUCAUGCUCUAUUUUGAGUAGCAGCAACUAUGGGAGGCCAAGCAUUUCAUCUUGCUGCCUCCUUCUGUGUGUGCCAAGUUGUCUUCCAAACACCAUGGAAACUAAGCUCUAAGGUUGGCUGCGUGACAAAGGGAUUAACGCGAUUAUUCAAGUUGGAACAAAAUAUUUGCAUGUUCUUGUGGGGCCGUUUAGUGGCUCACAGCCUGGCAGCUCAUUUUAGAACACCAUUUGGCUCGCUUCGGCUGCCAUGCCGACUAUUUGCAGGGUAACCUUUCCGCUUAAUCCUUCCCAUAGGAUCUUGACGUUUAGGGCUCUCAGAAAGCUUUGUCUGCCUUUGUAACGAACGACAGACACGAUGUGACCAUUGCCAUCCCAGUUGCCCCCAAAAUAUUCCUGCUGGUUUAUCCCUUUGGGGUACCAGUGAAAAUGAUGUAUUGGACAGAGAUGGAUGAUGCUGCAGCAGGCGGACAUUGUUCCAAACUUCUGAUUUGAUACCUGCGUGGAGGGUGGGAAUUCCCCCCCCCCAAGAGCUGUUUGUACCCACUUUUCUUCCUUAUAUGAUAGAGCAGAUAGAGGUUAAAUCCUGACAAGACAGAAGUACUCUGAGAGCCAGUGUGGUGUAGUAGUUAAGAGCGGUAGUCUCGUAAUCUGGGGAACCGGGUUCGCGUCUCCGCUCCUCCACAUGCAGCUGCUGGGUGACCUUGGGCCAGUCACACUUCUCGGAAGUCUCUCAGCCCCACUCACCUCACAGGGUGUUUGUUGUGGGACAGGAAGGGAAAGGAGAAUGUUAGCCGCUUUGAGACUCCUUAAAGGGAGUGAAAGGCGGGAUAUCAAAUCCAAACUCCUCCUCCUCCUCCUCUUCUUCUUCUUCUUCUUCUUCUUCUUCUUCUUCUUCUUCUCUUCUUGGGGGGGGGGGCAGGGGGCUGCUGGGUGUGGGGGACUCCUUGGUCCUGAAUGGGGCAACUGUAUCCCUGAAGGACCGGGUGUGCAGCCUGGGGGUCAUUUUGGAUCCAUGGAGGUACAGGUCCAUUCUGUGUCCAGGGCAGGUCCAUCUGGGAUGCAGGAUGAGACCCUCCCUGCCCACUGACUGUCUUGCCAGAGUGGCGCAUGCUCUGGUUAUCUCUCACUUGGACCACUGCAAUGCACUCUAUGUGGGGCUGCCUUGGAAGGUGACCCAGAAACUACAACUAAUUCAGAAUGCGGCAGCCAGACUGGGGACUGGGAGCGGCCGCAGAGACCAGUCCUGAGAGAGAGUGGGGCCCUAAGCUACAGCUUGUUGAGCUCAUACUUAAAUCCUGCACUGGCAUAGAUAGACAGAUGGAUGGAUAGAUAGAUAGAUAGAUAGAUAGAUAGAUAGAUAGAUAGAUAAUUGAUUGAUCGAUAGAUUAGAUAGAUGAUAGAUAGAUAGAUAGAUAGAUAGAGUGGUACCUUGGGUUACAUAUGCUUCAGGUUACAGACGCUUCAGGUUACAGACUCCGCUAACCCAGAAAUAGUACCUCGGGUUAAGAACUUUGCUUCAGGAUGAGAACAGAAAUUGCGCGGUGCUAGCGGGAGGCCCCAUUAGCUAAAGUGGUGCUUCAGCUUAAGAACAGUUUCAGGUACCACUGUAGAUAGAAAAUAUAAGAUGAUAGAUUAGAUGAUAGAUAGAUAUAAGAUAGAUAGAUGAUCAAUAGAUAGGUGAUAGAUAGAUGAUAGGUAGGUUAGGUCGAGGAGUCAUGAGCAACUCAUUCAAUGUGAUUCUGCUCUCUUCACAGCUGAGCUGUGGUGGAUCAGGAGAGAAAGCUGCGUAGUUUCCCCCCCAGUGCCCCUUCUGUACCUCUGAAGGUUUGAUAACUAGGGGCUCUUCCCAUCACAGAAGAGGGAGAGGGAGGGAGGGAGAGAGAGAGAGAGGGAGGGAAGGAAGGAAAGAAGGAAAGAAGGAGAGAGAGAGAGAGGGAGAGAUUUUCCAGUUCCUUUUAGAUGUUUGCCAUCUGCUUCUCCUCUCUGUGAACCUUCGGGUCUGAAAUUCUCUUUAGCUUUGGCCAAUCCCACCUGUUGCUGAGACGGAACAUCCCUGACCAUUCGCUGAGAGGUGUUUGCCAAAGAGAGUUUGGCUGGGGGCAUAAUUCAGCAGCAGCUUUGACUCCUCCUCCAAGCCUUGUGCUUUCCCUCUUCCCUCUUCUCUCCCUUCUAUUAUGCCAUGGAUAGGCAGACUAAGGCCCGGGGACCAGAUCCGGCCCAAUCGGCUUCUCAAUCCGGCCUGCGGGCGGUCCAGGAAUGGGCAUGUUUUGACAUAAGUAUAAUGUGCCCUUUAAUUUAAAAUGCAUCUCUGGGUGAUUUGUGGGGCAUAGGAAUUCAUUCAUAUUUUCCCCCCAAAAUCUAGUCCGGCCCCCCACAAGGUCUGAGGGACCAGACCCUGCCAAAAAAGCUUGCUCACCCCUGUAUUACGGUCUCCGCCAUUGCCAGAUUUAUGUCUAGGGGGCUAAGUCGGCUGAAGCUUAGGGCCUUAGAUGCACUUUCUUCAAGAGAUAAGUUUAGGAUCAAAUCAUUUCUUCCUAUAUUACAGGCAGGCCCAAUAGGCAGAUCGUGAUCUACCGGUAGAUCACUGGACGUCUGUCAUAGAUCACAAGCUCGCCCCAAAAAAGCUCAACAGCUUUGACCUGAACCCCCCAAAAGGGGGUAGAUCACUGCCAGUUUUUAACUCGGUGAUUUUUUAACCCUGUAAUAUACCCUCUAUACAACAUUUUCAUAUAAUUAUCUUUUAGCAGCGUACAAUAGGGCGGUUCAUGAAAAACUUUUUUUUGAAAAUGCCUUCUCCAAAGGUACUACACUAGGGACUCUCCUUCAUGAAAAUAGCCGUUUUCCUAUAUUGUCGUGAAGGCUGAAAUGUCAAUUCAGCGGAGCAGGGUCAAGAUAUUAACUGAGAUGCAUGAAAUUUCAGAUAUAGCUAUAUAAUCCCUAGUGUAGAAAGAGAAGACCUUUGGAGCAGGCAUUUAAUAAAUAAAUAAAUUAUGAACCACCCUAGUAUGCAAUCAGUGAAUAUUAAAUUCAUUCUCCGUAACUUUUCCCAACCCUCCAUUUGUACAUGAUGUCCUAUAUCUUGGGCCCAUUUCAUCGUUACCAAUUUAACCCCCUCACUCCCACCUUUCAGGCUUAAAGGUGGGAGAUUCCUUGCACCCUUCAGCUUGACCCUCAUCACGACCCUCUGUUUGGGGCAGUUGGUGGUAUUGCAAAAGCAACUGUUUUGGGGCUAUGUUGGGAAGUGUAUCAGAAACCAGGCGGGGGACUAAGGCAAGGAGACAAGGCACCAAGGAAAAUUGAGGAAAGGAGCGCUAGUAAAACCAUGGAGGCUCACUUUCAGAAAAGGCCACAUUGCUUCACAUCGGCUGGGAGAGAAUUCUGAGCCUGCAAUGUGUCUGCGGCCGCUGCCCAAUGGGAAAUAAAACUAAUUUUGAUGGGUGUGUAUCAGUUCCUGACUGUGUUUAACUAUAUGAAUUCUUUAUACAUCAUAUAAACAUAAACAUUAUCAAAUUAAGUAGAAGCAAUUAAAAACCACCAUUCUGAACAGGAAAUACAAAUAGAUCCUUUCUUACAUACGUAAUGUCCAAAUAGAAGCUUUUUUUGUGUUCCACAUACAGUACGUCUUUAUGAAUACAAGUGUCAGAUGCGACAACUUUAAGAAGCGGUACUCGCAGAAAAUGAACUUUUUAUUUGAAGGGUUCCAUGUACACCUUUGCAAAGUAUAGUUAUUGUAUGCAGGUAUAAGACAAAAGAUACAAAAGAUCUUAACAUAUGCCUUUGCAAAAUAUAGUUGCUGUAUGCAGGUAUCACACAAAAGAACUUAAGACAAGGAUUCCCGGAAUAACACCUUGUUUCGCCUUGUCAGGCUUCGUCAGCCAUGCAUACUUUAAAUAAUACAUAAUAAUAAUAAUAAUAAUAAUAAUAAUAAUAAUAAUAAUAAUAAAUUAUUUCUACCCACCACUCUGGGCGGCUUCCAACAAAAUAUUAAAAUACAAUAGUGCACCAGACAUUAAAAGCUUCCCUAAACAGGGCUGCCUGUAGUUUUUUUUAAACAAAUUAAGAAAUAAAACAUAACACGCAUGGAUCUCCAUACCAUAUUUUGUGACCUGGCGGAUCCCACAGUAAACAAACAGUAAUCCUAUGUUUACUUUUCUAGAGAGACACAGUGUUAAUUCUUGUUACAGGUGGCAGCAAUCUACAGCAAAGUUUUUUAAUCUCUUAAAACAGGCAUCCCCAACCUGCGGCCCUCCAGAUGUUUUGGCCUACAACUCCCAUGAUCCCUAGCUAACAGGACCAGUGGUCAGGGAUGAUGGGAAUUGUAGUCCAAAACAUCAAGAGGGCCAAAGGUUGGGGGUGUCUGUCUUAAAGUGACCCCUUUGAAACCACCAGAUUCAACAUAGAUUUUUAAGGUUAUCCAUUGUAUGUCAAGAUAUUAAUGAUGACUCAUAAAAAAACUAUAAUCUAUUUCUGUAUUUAAACCUGCGGGAUGCAAAGAAUCAAGCAGGAAAAUCAAUCUAGUUUCCUUCUGCAGAAGAAUCUUUUGGGCAUGCUAGUUGGAUUUACAUAACUAUAGGUUUGAUAAUGUUGUGCAGGCUUCCUCAACCUUGGGCCUCCAGAUGUUUUUGGGCUGCAACUCCCAUCAUUCCUAGUUAGCAGGACCAGUGGUCAGGGAUGCUGGGAAUUAUACAGUGGUGCCCCGCAAGACGAAUGCCUCGCAAGACGGAAAAACCGCUAGACGAAAGGGUUUUCCGUUUUGAAGUUGCUUCGCAGGACGAAUUCCCCUAUGGGCUUGCUUCGCAAGACGAAAAUACCUUACGAGUCCUGAGAUUUUUUUCGCUUCCCCCUUUAUCUAAUCUGCUAAGCCUUUAAUAUCCUUUAAUAGCCUUUUAGCAGCUUAUCCCCUAAGCCUUUAAGCCUUUAAUAGCCGCUAAACAGCUGAUAGCGCUAUUAGCGCUAAUCCGUCAAUGGGCUUGCUUCGCAAGACGAAAAAACCGCUAGACGAAGACUCUUGCGGAACGGAUUAAUUUCGUCUUGCGAGGCACCACUGUAGUUUCAAAACAGCAGGAGGGCUGAAGUUGAGGAAGCCUGGUGUUGUAUAUCAGUUCCUGGCAAGUGUAAUAAAACGGAGACAAAUGGAGACUUGGCUCGCUUUUCCAAACGAGAAUGAAGUAUAAGCCUUGGAAGAGGUUUCCAGUGUAUUAGUCAUUAGAGAAGAAGCCACAGGGAGAAAGCUUUAUUUGGAAAUGUCGGAGAUGUAGGGACACAAAAUGGGAAGGUUUUGGCCGCUUCGCGGCAAAGCAUGUUUGGAAAAAAGCGACAACUUUCACCCUAGACCAGGCAUAGGCAACCUUCAGCCCUCCAGAUGUUUUGGACUAGGGUUCCCAUCAUCCCUGACCUUCUAGAUAGGGAUCAUGGGAGUUGUAGGCCAAAAUACUUGGAGGGCCGAAGGUGGCCUAUGCAUGCCUAGACCAGUGGUGGCAAAUCUUUUUGAGACCGAGUGCCCAAACCGCAGCCCCAAACCCCUUUAUUUAUCGCAAAGUGUUAACACAAAGUGCCCAGAGUUGAGCUUUUUUGGGGUGGGUGGGUAGUGGGGUUCCCCAGAGUUGUUGUUUUGGGGAGGGGUUUUGGGGAGAGACCUGACUCUCGUUCAAAUCGGAACCAGGGAAGGCGGUGAAGGUCGAGUGCAAGUGCCUGGUUGUGGUUGGAGGACGGGUCAUGACUAUCAGGUUGAGGUUGGAUCCAGACAAGACAGAAGUCCUGUUGUAGGUGGGGGGGGGUGACUCCCUGGUCCUGAAUGGGGCAACUGUGCCCUUGAAGGACCAGGUGUGGAGCCUGGGGGUCAUUUUGGACCUAAGGAGGCGCAGGUCCAUUCUGUGUCCAGGGUGGCUGCAUCUGGGAUGCAGGAUGAGACCCUUCCGGCCCACUGACUGUCUCGCCAUAGUAGUGAAUGCUCUAGUUUCUAUCUCCCAAUUGGACUACUGCAAUGCGCUCUACGUGGGGCUGCCUUGGAAGGUGACCGGAAACUACAACUAAUCCAGAAUGCGGCAGCCAGACUGGGGACUGGGACCACCGAGACCACAUAACACCGGUCUUGAAAGACCUGCCUUGGCUCCCAGGAAGUUUCCGAGCCCAAUUCAAAGUGUGUUAAGAGGAUGCCAGCGCGGCUGAACCUUUCUGUAAAAUAAAGUCUGAUCAAGACCGUAUAACACUGGUCCUGAAAGACCUACGUUGGCUCUCAGAACGUUUCUGGGCCCAAUUCAAAGUGUCGGUGUUGACCUUGAAAGCCCUAAAUGGCCUCGGCCCAGUAGGCCUAAAGGAGCGUCUCCACCCUGGUCCCUCUCCCUUCUGGCUGUUUCCUCCCUGCUAGAAGCCAAGUUACAGGGAACCAGGCAGAGGGCCUUCUCAGUAGCGGUGCCUGCCCUGUGGAACACCCUUCCGUCAGAUGUCAAAGGAAUAAAGAACGAUUAGAAGACAUCUGAAGGCAGCCCUGUUUAGGGUGAAUGACAGAUGUUUUCAUGUAUUUCUAACCUUCCAUUGGAAGCCGCCCAGAGUGGCUGGGGAAACCCAGCCAGAUGGUCGGGAUAGAAACCAUAAAUCAUCAUCAUCAACAACAACAACAACAACAACUAGUUCAGAACAAGAAUCCUGUCCCCUCCUGCAAUUUCUAGCGUCUGGUGCUCAGAAACAUUACUGCCUCCAGCCCUGUGUUUUAUUAUUUCUGCAUCCUCUUGGCCCUUUCGUUGGGCCCCAUUAAGGAAUUUAUAUGCCAAUUUCAUAUGAAACAUUACCCCGAAGUGAGGUUCUGAUGCCCUUCUUUGCUUGCUGUUGAUUGCCACUGAAAUUACCUGUUUGGUGAUCGUGACUAAUAGUUCAUCCAUGCGGGGGCCCUUUUAAGCAGCGUUGAGUGACAGGAGGAAACAUGAGAAUGCCACCAUUCAUCCGUUCUCCCACCCUGAAAUAUACUCAGUCGUAAAGUGAUUUCAUGCUCUUUAUUCAGCUCAUAGUGGUGAGGAGGAAUGAAUGAAUGUCCCCUCAAAGUAUCUGCUUUAUAUACAUUAAUUACACAAUGGGCUGCACAUGAUUGGCUAAUUCUGGAAUUCUACUGUAAGCCAAUUAGGUUGUGGAUUCACUUAUAUCUGGAGCAUGAUUGGGUGGUUCCUGCCAACCAAUCAUACUGCUGCAUUGUUCUAGGACCAAUCAGACUGCUGCAUUCUGAAUCCUAUUGUUCUAGGACCAAUCAGACUGCUGCAAUUUGGAUCCUAUUGUUCUAGGACCAAUCAGACUGCUGCAGUUUGGAUCCUGUUCAACUCAGUACAUAACACUCCCCCUUCCCAUUUAUGGCAGGAGCGUUAAGGCUGAGGAAAAGCUUUGGAAAACACAACACAUACUCACCGUGCAAAGCCACGGAUUGGGAAAACAGAGCUUCAACCUUGAUGGAGAGCAACUUGUGCGAGUUCAAUGAAGCACUCUGAAGGAAACGUUCCAAGGCCGAAGCCCACAAUUGGUUUAGGCUGUAGGUCAGGCAUUCCCAACCUCAGAUGUUUUGGACUACAGUUCCCAUCAUUCCUGACAACUGGUCCUGUUAGCUAGGAAUCAUGGGAGUUGUAGGCCAAGUUGUAGGGCUGCAGGUUGGGGAUGCCAGCUGUAGGUGAACACAGUUUUCUGUUUAACAGUUUCAAUACAGGAUCUCCAAGCAGCUGUCUUCUGAAAAAAUAAUUUCGGAAAUAGACUUGAAAGAGAAGUGUCUGAAUUGCAACUUAUCACUCAGCUGAAAACUAUGGAGGGAGCUGGUCUGAAUAGAGAUACUGAAUUCCUGUCUCUUUACACACGCUAAAGCUAUUUUGGGUCAUUUGCAUACCAUCCCUUGCUUUUUCAGUCAUUCAUAGUCGCUAGCAGGCUGACCAUACCCACUGAGUCCUACGACCAUUUGGAGAAAACCCCCACCCACCCCCACUAUAUAUGAGGUUCUGGGGACUCCCCUCCCUCUAUAUAUCAGGGUCUGGGGACUCCCCUCCCUCUAUAUAUCAGGGUCCGGGGACUCCCCUCCCUCUAUAUAUCAGGGUGUGGGGACUCCCCUCCCUCUAUAUAUCAGGGUCCGGGGACUCCCCUCCCUCUAUAUAUCAGGGUCUGGGGAAUCAUAGAAUCAUAGAAUCAUAGAGUUGGAAGAGACCACAAGGGCCAUCGAGUCCAACCCCCUGCCAAGCAGGAAACACCAUCAGAGCACUCCUGACAUAUGGUUGUCAAGCCUCUGCUUAAAGACCUCCAAAGAAGGAGACUCCACCACACUCCUUGGCAGCAAAUUCCACUGUCGAACAGCUCUUACUGUCAGGAAGUUCUUCCUAAUGUUGAGGUGGAAUCUUCUUUCUUGUAGUUUGGAUCCAUUGCUCCGUGUCCGCUUCUCUGGAGCAGCAGAAAACAACCUUUCUCCCUCCUCUAUGUGACAUCCUUUUAUAUAUUUGAACAUGGCUAUCAUAUCACCCCUUAACCUCCUCUUCUCCAGGCUAAACAUGCCCAGCUCCCUUAGCCGUUCCUCAUAAGGCAUCGUUUCCAGGCCUUUGACCAUUUUGGUUGCCCUCCUCUGGACACGUUCCAGUUUGUCAGUGUCCUUCUUGAACUGUGGUGCCCAGAACUGGACACAGUACUCCAGGUGAGGUCUGACCAGAGCAGAAUACAGUGGCACUAUUACUUCCCUUGAUCUAGAUGCUAUACUCCUAUUGAUGCAGCCCAGAAUUGCAUUGGCUUUUUAGCUGCCGCGUCACACUGUUGGCUCAUUUCAAGUUUGUGGUCAACCAAGACUCCUAGAUCCUUUCACAUGUACUGCUCUCAAGCCAGGUGUCACCCAUCUUGUAUUUGUGCCUCUCAUUUUUUGCCCAAGUGCAAUACUUUACAUUUCUCCCUGUUAAAAUUCAUCUUGUUUGUUUUUGCCCAGUUCUCUAAUCUGUCAAGGUCGUUUUGAAGUGUGAUCCUGUCCUCUGGGGUGUUAGCCACCCCUCCCAGUUUGGUGUCAUCUGCAAAUUUGAUCAGGAUGCCCUUGAGUCCAUCAUCCAAGUCGUUGAUAAAGAUGUUGAAUAAGACCGGGCCCAAGACAGAACCCUGUGGCACCCCACUAGUCACUCUUCUCCAGGAUGAAGAGGAACCAUUGAUGAGCACCCUUUGGGUUCGGUCAGUCAGCCAAGCCAGUUACAAAUCCACUGAGUGGUAGCAUAGUGAAGACCGCAUUUUACCAGCUUCUUUACAAGAAUAUCAUGGGGCACCUUGUCAAAUACCUUGCUGAAAUCAAGGUAGGCUACAUCCACUGCGUUCCCUUCAUCUACCAGGCUUGUAAUUCUGUCAAAAACGAGAUCAGGUUAGUCUGACAUGACUUAUUUUUCAGAAAUCCAUGCUGACUAUUGGUGAUCACAGCAUUCCUUUCUAGGUGCUCACAGACUGUUUGCUUAAUGAUCUGCUCCAGAAUCUUCCCUGGUAUUGAUGUCAGACUGACUGGGCGGUAAUUAUUUGGGUCCUCUCUUUCCCCUUUUUGAAAAUAGGGACAACAUUUGCCCUCCUCCAGUCUGCCGGGACUUCGCCUGUUCUCCAGGAAUUCUCAAAGAUGACUGCCAGUGGUUCUGAGAUCACAUCUGCCAGUUCUUUUAAUACUCUUGGAUGCAGUUCAUCUGGCCCUGGAGACUUGAAUACAUCUAAACUAGCCAAGUAUUCUUGUACUAUCUCCUUAGUUAUUCUGGGCUGUGUUUCCUCUGCUAAAUCAUUUGCUCCAAAUUCUUCAGGUCGGGCAUUGUUUUCUUUAUUGGAGAAGACUGAGGCAAAGAAGGCAUUGAGGAGUUCAGCCCUUUCUGUGUCCCCUGUUUGCAUUUCACCAUCUUCUCCUCUGAGUGACCCCACUGUUUCUUUGUUCUUCCUUUUGCUACGGACAUACCCAUAAAAGCCUUUUUUGUUGCUUUUAACCUCUCUAGCAAGCCUGAGUUCAUUCUGUGCUUAAGGUUUUCUGACUUUGUGUCUACACGUGCUGGCUAUUUGUUUGAAUUCCUCUUUGGUGGUUUCCCCCCUUUUCCAUUUUUUGUACACAUCUUAACUCAGUUAAAAGUUCUUUAGAUAGCCACCCUGGCUUCUUUAGGCACCUUCCAUGUUUCUGUCUCAUUGGUGUUGCCUGAAGUUGUGCUUUUACUGUCUCCCUCUUAACAAACUCCCAGCCAUCAUGAACUCCCUUUCCUUUUAGUAUUACUGUCCAUGGGAUCUCACCCAGCACUUCCCUAAGUUUUAUGAAGUCGGCUUUCUUAAAGUCAAGAAAUUGAGUCCUAGUAUGCUUGGCUGCUCCUUUCCGCUGUAUAGUAAACUUCAGAAGAGCAUGAUCACUCGCGCCUAAUGAUCCUUCCACUUCUACCCCACUAACCAGGUCAUCAACAUUGGUUAGGACCAGAUCUAAAAUGGCUGUUCCUCUUGUUGCUUCUCCCACUUUCUGGACAAUGAAGCUGUCUGCAAGGCCAGUGAGGAAUCUGUUUGACCUUAUGCUCUUGGCUGAGUUUGACAUCCAACAAAUAUCCAGGUAAUUGAAGUCCCCCAUUACUACUAUCUCCUUCCUUUUGCAUGCUUGGCCAUCUGUUCCAGGAAGGCAUCAUCUAUGUCCUCCGUUUGGCUUGGGGAUCUAUAGUAAACUCCCACAAUGAGGUCACUGUUAUUCUUCUCUCCCUUAAUUUUGACCCAAAUGCUCUCACUUUGGCUUUGAGGUUCUAAAUCUUGGAUCUCUUCACAGGUAUACACAUCCCUGACAUAUAACGCCACUCCUCCUCCUUUCUUGUCUGGUCUGUUUCUCUGAAAUAGAUUGUAUCCCUCCAUUAUUACAUUCCAAUCGUGGGACUUAUCCCACCAGGUUUCAGUGAUGCCUAUUAUGUCAUAUUUAGUUUUUACAUGAGUAGAAUGUGUGCUUUGAUUUAAAAUGCAUCUCUGGGUUAUUUGUGGGACAUAGGAAUGCGUUCAUUUUUCCCCCCAAAAUCUAGUUCGUCCCCCCACAAGGUCUGAGGAACAGGGGGCCAGCUCAUGGCUGAAAAAGUUUGCUGACCCCUGAGUUAGUUUAUACAGUUAGUUUAUACAGGUUACAUUUGAUGGAAGCAGGACUCUCAGAAAGAGUCCCAUCCUGUGAAUAAAACAGUAUUUAAACAGCAUUCAAAAUGUUUGACAUCAGGCUUCCUCAGCCUCAGCCCUCCAGAUUUUUAUGGCCUACAACUCCCAAGAUCCCACUAGCAGGACCAGUGGUCAGGGAUGAUGGGAAUUGUAGUCUCAAAACAUUUGGAGGGCUGAGGUUGAGGAAGUCUGCUCUACAUAAGAAAUCAAACAACAAACGUUUAAUUUCACAAUAUAACACAACCACUUCCAGAUACUCACAGAGGACUCACAGAAGCUCAGAAGUGAAGUUGCCUGAUGAUGCUCAGCCUGAACCAUAAUAAUAAUAAUAAUAAUAAUAAUAAUAAUAAUUUUUCAUUUCUAACCCUGCCCAUCUGGCUGGCUCUCCCCAGCCGCUCUGAGCUGCUUCCCACAAAAGAUUAAAAAGACAGCCGUUUAAAAUUUCCUGAAAUUAUGCACACACACACCCCCCCCGAGAGGGCUCAGAUUCCUACAGGGGCUACUCAGCAUUUUGGACGUUUUCAGAGACUGAAGUAGCUGGGCAGGUAUUUAUAUCCUGUUGACGGUGCCCUAUUCUUCUCCCCUGAGAUCACCUAAAAUGGUAAAUGUUUUCUGUGGGAUGAGGGCCACCAGUCCUGGGCAAAGGGGUGUGGACAUCUCUUGGUGCCCCCCCCCCCAUAUUAAUAGCCUCCCUGAACUCUCAAACUGGGAGAGCUCUUACCAGCCAAGCUCCUAUAGUAGGGCUAGUUGGGAAUUGGUCUUCGCUGAAGGAUGGCUUAUCACAGGCAUGCAGGUAACCCUCCUCUGCCCCCCAAAUAUAUAUAUGGCAUUUCAUUGUCUUUUGUGCUUCGGGCAAGAGAUCUGGCUGGCUGGCUUGCUCUUUCAACAGGAUUUCGCUGUGCUGGAAAUUCUUCCUUUGAGCCUUGGGGUGUGUGUGUGCUUUCUAACAAAAAAGAGACCCUUUGUGCGAUGAUAUUCCUUCCAGGGUGGGCAGUAGGGUGGUUCAUAAAAAACUUUUUUUUUUGAAAAUGCCUUCUCCAAACGUCUUAUCUUAACUACACUAGGGAUCUCUGAAAUUUCGUGCAUAUCAGUUAAUAUCUUGACCCUCCUCCACAAAAAUAGCUGUUUACUUGCCCAUUUUCCUAUAUUGUGAAGGCUGAAAUGUCAAUUCAGUGGAGCAGGGUCAAGAUAUUAACUGAUAUGCUUGAAAUUUCAGAAAUAGCUAUAUAAUCCCUAGUGUAGUAAGAUAAAACCUUUGGAGAAGGCAUUUUAAAAAAAAGUUUUUAUGAACCGCCCUAGUGGGUAGAGGUUCUGCUAACUGCUGCAAGAAGGAUCCUUGCACAAACAUUUCCUUUGCUUUACUUUCAUGCUGUGGGUGUCUGUUAGUGUUUCUGUCCUGUUUUUCCCUGAAACUUUCCAAACCCUUCAGUAUUGCAAGAGCCUGGUAGAGAUGCUCGUGGGGAGGGGUCUUCUUCUCCUUCAUCUUUGGCAAUCCCUCGUAGCUGAGUCAGAUCUUCCAUAAACAAGGUUUUAACAUUGAGUCCAUAAGUGACUGUGGAGGUCAAUUCUGGAUCCACAGUGGGAACAUUGAUUUCUGAGUGGGAGUUGAUCACAAGCGUUUCUUCCUCUUCACCCGUUUCUCCCUCACGUCCCAAGUUUGAGUGUCUUCAAAGCCCAGGACGCCUUUGGUCAAGGCUGUUCUCCAACUGGAGCUCUCGCAGCCCAGUGCUUCCCAGUUGUCAGUGUUUAUACUACAUUUUUAAAAAAUUGCCUUGAGAUCUUUCAACCGCUUUUGUGGACCACUGGCGUUACGCUUUCCAUUUUUAAGUUCGGAAGAGAGUCAUUGCUUUGGAAGGAGAUACACAACAUGACUGGUCCAAAGUUGAUGUUGAAGGAUCAUUGCUUCAACACUGGCGAUCUUUGCUUCUUCCAGUACGCUGGCAUUAGUUCGCCUGUCUUCCCAAGUGAUAUGUAAAAAUUUUCGGAGACCCUGUUGACAGAAUCUUUUGAGAAGCUGGAGAUGGUGUGGAUAAGCAAGUAUAAGAGCUGGUAAAGGGCAAUUAAGCAGAAUAUCAUUAACUUCGUUUUAAUAUUCUGUUGGAAGCCGCCCAGAGUGGCUGGGGAAACCCAGCCAGAUGGGUGGGGUAUAAAUAAUAAAUUUUUAUUUUUAUUUUUAUUUUUAUAAUAUAGCUCAUGGAUUGGACCCUAAACAACUGCCAGAUCCUUUUAGCAGGAGACAGGACACAGAUAAGCUUCGGGGACAGCAUUGUCCAUGCUUAGACUCUCCAUUAAACUCCUUGGUCGCCAUUCUUUUAAAUUUUGUUGUUGUUUAGUCGUGUCUGCCUCUUCGUGACCCCCUGGACCAGAGUAUGCCAGGAACUCCUGUCUUCCACUGCCUCCCGCAGUUUGGUCAAACUCAUGCUGGUAGCUUCGAGAACACUGUCCAACCAUCUCGUCCUCUGUCGUCCCCUUCUCUUUGUGCCCUCCAUCUUUCCCAACAUCAGGGGCUUUCCAGGGAGUCUUCUAUUCUCAUGAGGUGGCCAAAGUCUUGGAGCCUCAGCUUCAGGAUCUGUCCUUCCAGUGAGCACUCAGGGCUGAUUUCCUUCAGAAUGGAUAGGUUUGAUCUUCUUGCAGUCCAUGGGACUUUCAAGAGUCUCCUCCAGCACCAGAAUUCAAAAGCAUCAAUUCUUCGGCAAUCAGCCUUCUUUAUGGUCCAGCUCUCACUUCCAUACAUCACUACUGGGAAAACCAGAGCUUUAACUAUAUGGACCUUUGUCAGCAAGGUGAUGUCUCUGCUUUUUAAGAUGCUGUCUAGGUUUGUCAUCACUUUUCUCCCGAGAAGCAGGCGAAUUUUAAUUUCGUGGCUGCUGUCACCAUCUGCAGUGAUCAUUUAUAUCAUUUAGGUGUAGACAAAUUGGACUAUUUGCUUUACUAAAACCUGAACAGUGAAGUUUUGGAUAGACCAUUUGAGUCCAGGCGCUCUUGGGACAAUCUUGUAGCACUAGGGAUAUUAGACUGGGGGGAUUUGAGUAUAGGUGAAGCCAGAAGUUAAAUGUCCUGUGCCAGAUUCGUAAUUCUACUGAACGGAGAUUGGCCUCUAGGCGCAAUGAUGCCUUUGGGACACAGGGUGCUACAGAAAAAAAUUGCCUUAAAAACUUUGCAUGCAGGAAAGCUCCAAGCUAGACCCCUGGGACCACCACUUUAAAACACCUGAGGUCGCAGGUGAAUCGAAAACCCCCGAGACCUGCUGCCUUUCUGAGUAUGGCGUUUGGUGGACAAAUAUCCUGACCUGGAACCAAGCGGCUUCCUAGGGUGAUGUUAUUGGGUCCAUAUUACAGAUCAGGUAGAUUGAGGCAGAGGGCGAGAGAAAGGGUGUUAACUUCUCUUACGGAAAUGACAGGUGCCCCCCACAUCUUUAAAGUUGUUAAAUGUUACAAAUUUUAUGCCUGAAUGUAUCAUUUUGACUUGACAGCUCAGGGAAGGUGCCCAGCUUUAAAAAAUCGUAUAACAUCAACUCCUUUGCCAGUUUCCUCCAUUUCAACGCUAUUUUGCCCUUGGAAAAAGGACUCUUUUCCCUGCCACCUCCCCAAGCCUGGGGACAUGUAUACACACCUCCUACCCCGGGAAAUGCCAGAGGUGACAAUUGCUGAGCUGAUUGUUGGCCAAGGGAAGCCAAAUCUCAUCACCAAACUUGUCUCAGGCUCCAGACAUGCAAAGAAAGUUCUAUUGUACUUUUGGGUGGUUGGUACUUGAGACAUGUUUGCCUGUGCUAAUCUUAUACUUGGGUGUUGCCUUGACAUAUCUGUCUAUGCUAAUCUUGUGUAACCCUCCCCUUUCUGACGGUUUUAGUGGUGUAGCAAUGAAGUAUCGAUGAUGCUGUGUGAAGUGUUUAAAAAGUCAAUGUCGCCCCAAUGCUCAGGGUUCUUACUGCCGUUUGAACCUGUCGCACAACAAUAAGGGAUCAAAGUCUACUGACUGCUGUUUUGCUCCAAAUUACAUGCCUGGAAUUUCCUUCUUUUACUGACCUCAUGGACCCAUGGGGGACUUGCUCCGCAACAAGCUGGGCUGUUGAGUACAGUCUCAUCCCAGAAUUUUCUUUAACACUUGCUUGACAGGGCUCACAGCUUAGCCCCUUGUCUCUGUCUUCCAUAAGCACUUUGGUGCUCAUUCGCCCUAGCUGUGCUCCUGCACUGUAGGACUGGCAUUUGCUGUUCAUGCUUCAAUCCCACUUUGCCUGCUGACGGACGGACAGAGGCUGCAGAAAUCGUUUCGCGUCUAUCCAGAGACAUUAGCGAAUCCCCCCCAAAAAGCUCUUUGCUUAUCAGUUUCCACUCCCUCCUGUUUGUUGAAUGUGCUCCACAAACUGUUGCCACGACACAAAAUACUUGGUGUAGAGCUGGACCAAAUCCAGGUAAUUGAGUGAAAGGGCAAGCGACUCAUGAAACAAUGGGGUCAUGGACCUAUAUUUAGAUUGGAGGGCGGGCGGGUGGGGUACGUGCCAGAGAGAACAUUGCAGAAACAAGUUAGCCAUGAACACAUUGGUUUUCCUUGGCUGUCCUUAGGAGGAGGUGCUCUGUGCGGCCACACUGCUUGCUUGCUUCUCUUGUUCCGAGCUUGUGCACCUGAACCUGUCGCUGUGAGAGCUUCAGAGAGGAAUGCGUCAGAUCUGGGUCUCUAUCCCGAUCUAACGCUGUUUGAAAUAAAAAUAAAAAUAAAAAAAUUGUCCAGUAGCACCUUAGAGACCAACUCAGUUUGUUCUUGGUUGAAGCUUUCGUGUGCAGGCGCCCUUCUCUAGAUACAGUGAAACAGAAGUCCCCAGACCUGAUAUGUAGUGGGAGGGUGGGGUGGGGUAUUUCUCAGAAGGGUAAUAGGAGAUGGGUGAUUUUAUAGUUCCCAAAAGGAAACCUUCCUCUGCUUGUCCAUAUUGAGAGGAUGCCAGCAAAGCUGAACCUUUUCCUAAAAAAGGAUUACAGACCUGUGCCUCCAUGAUUGACAUCUUCUUAAUACUUGUAGUCAAUAAUAAUAACAACACUUGGCUGUUGUGCGCAGGCAGACCUCUUCAGAUACACUGAAGCGGAAGUCCGCAGACCCUGAUAUAUUGUGGGAGGAGAAGAACCCAGACCCUUAUAUAUAGAGGAAGGGGAGUCCCCAGACCCUGAUAUAUAGAGGGAGGGAAGUCCCUGGACCCUGAUAUAUAGAGGGAGGGAAGUCCCCGGACCCUGAUAUAUAGAGGGAGGGAAGUCCCCGGACCCUGAUAUAUAGUGGGAGGAGACGUACCCAGACCCUUAUAUAUAGUGGGAGGGGAGUCCCCAGACCCUGAUAUAUAGAGGAAGGGGAGUCCCCGGACCCUGAUAUAUAGAGGAAGGGGAGUCCCCGGACCCUGAUAUAUAGAGGGAGGAGAAGUACCCAGACCCUUAUAUAUAGUGGGAGGGGAGUCCCCAGACCCUGAUAUAUAGAGGGAGGGGAGUCCCCGGACCCUGAUAUAUAGAGGAGGAGAAGUACCCAGACCCUAAUAUAUAGUGAGUGUAGUCCCCCGACCCUGAUAUAUAGAGGGAGGGGAGUCCCCGGACCCUGAUAUAUAGAGGGAGGAGAAGUACCCAGACCCUUAUAUAUAGUGGGAGGGGAGUCCCCAGACCCUGAUAUAUAGAGGAAGGGGAGUCCCCAGACCCUGAUAUACAGAGGGAGGGGGGGGCCCCGGACCCUGAUAUAUAGAGGGAGGGAAGUCCCCGGACCCUGAUAUAUAGAGGGAGGAGAAGUACCCAGACCCUUAUAUAUAGUGGGAGGGGAGUCCCCAGACCCUGAUAUAUAGAGGGAGGGGAGUCCCCGGACCCUGAUAUAUAGAGGGAGGAGAAGUACCCAGACCCUUAUAUAUAGUGGGAGGAGAAGUACCCAGACCCUUAUAUAUAGAGGAAGGGAGUCCCCAGACCCUGAUAUAUAGAGGAGGGGAGUCCCCGGACCCUGAUAUAUAGAGGAGGGGAGUCCCGGACCCUGAUAUAUAGUGGGAGGAGACGUACCCAGACCCUUAUAUAUAGUGGGAGGGGAGUCCCCAGACCCUGAUAUAUAGAGGAAGGGGAGUCCCCAGACCCUGAUAUAUAGAGGAAGGGGAGUCCCCGGACCCUGAUAUAUAGAGGGAGGGGAGUCCCCGGACCCUGAUAUAUAGAGGGAGGGAAGUCCCCGGACCCUGAUAUAUAGUGGGAGGAGACGUACCCAGACCCUUAUAUAUAGUGGGAGGGGAGUCCCCAGACCCUGAUAUAUAGAGGAAGGGGAGUCCCCGGACCCUGAUAUAUAGAGGGAGGAGAAGUACCCAGACCCUUAUAUAUAGUGGGAGGGGAGUCCCCAGACCCUGAUAUAUAGAGGAAGGGGAGUCCCCAGACCCUGAUAUAUAGAGGGAGGGGAGUCCCCGGACCCUGAUAUAUAGAGGGAGGGAAGUCCCCGAACCCUGAUAUAUAGUGGGAGGGGAGUCCCCAGACCCUGAUAUAUAGAGGGAGGGGAGUCCCUGGACCCUGAUAUAUAGAGGGAGGGGAGUCCCCGGACCCUGAUAUAUAGAGGGAGGGGAGUCCCCGGACCCUGAUAUAUAGAGGGAGGGGAGUCCCCGGACCCUUAUAUAUAGAGGAAGGGGAGUCCCCAGACCCUGAUAUAUAGAGGGAGGGAAGUCCCCGGACCCUGAUAUAUAGAGGGAGGGGAGUCCCUGGACCCUGAUAUAUAGAGGGAGGGGAGUCCCCGGACCCUGAUAUAUAGAGGGAGGGGAGUCCCCGGACCCUGAUAUAUAGAGGAAGGGGAGUCCCCAGACCCUGAUAUAUAGAGGAGGAGUCCCCAGACCCUGAUAUAUAGAGGGAGGGAGUCCCUGGACCCUGAUAUAUAGAGGGAGGGAGUCCCCGGACCCUGAUAUAUAGAGGGAGGGAGUCCCCGGACCCUGAUAUAUAGAGGGAGGGAGUCCCCGGACCCUGAUAUAUAGAGGAGGGAGUCCCCGGACCCUGAUAUAUAGUGGGAGGAGACGUACCCAGACCCUUAUAUAUAGUGGGAGGGAGUCCCCUGACCCUGUUAUAUAGCGGUAGGGGAGUCCCCUGCCCCUGAUAUAUAGAGGGAGGGGAGUCCCCGGACCCUGAUAUAUAGAGGGAGGGGAGUCCCCGGACCCUGAUAUAUAGUGGGAGGAGACGUACCCAGACCCUUAUAUAUAGAGGGAGGGGAGUCCCCGGACCCUGAUAUAUAGAGGAAGGGGAGUCCCCAGACCCUGAUAUAUAGAGGGAGGGGAGUCCCCAGACCCUGAUAUAUAGAGGGAGGGGAGUCCCCAGACCCUGAUAUAUAGUUGUAGGGGAGUCCCCUGACCCUGAUAUAUAGAGGGAGGGCAGUCCCCGGACCCUGAUAUAUAGAGGGAGGGGAGUCCCCGGACCCUGAUAUAUAGUGGGAGGAGAAGUACCCAGACCCUAAUAAAUAGUGGGAGGGUAGUCCCCAGACCCUGAUAUAUAGAGGAAGGGGAGUCCCCGGACCCUGAUAUAUAGAGGGAGGGAGUCCCCAGACCCUGAUAUAUAGAGGGAGGGGGUCCCCAGACCCGGGUAUAUAGAGGUAGGGCAGUCCCCCGCCCCUGAUAUAUAGAGGGAGGGGAGUCCCCAGACCCUGAUAUAUAGAGGGAGGGGAGUCCCCAGACCCUGAUAUAUAGAGGGAGGGGAGUCCCCAGACCCUUAUAUAUAGAGGGAGGGGAGUCCCCAGACCCUGAUAUAUAGAGGGAGGGGAGUCCCCAGACCCUGAUAUAUAGAGGGAGGGGAGUCCCCGGACCCUGAUAUAUAGAGGAAGGGGAGUCCCCAGACCCUGAUAUAUAGAGGGAGGGGAGUCCCCAGACCCUGAUAUAUAGACGAAGGGGAGUCCCCAGACCCUUAUAUAUAGAGGAAGGGGAGUCCCCAGACCCUGAUAUAUAGUGGGAGGAGAAGUACCCAGACCCUUAUAUAUAGUGGGAGGGGAGUCCCCAGACCCUGAUAUAUAGAGGAAGGGGAGUCCCCGGACCCUGAUAUAUAGAGGAUGUGGAGUCCCCGGACCCUGAUAUAUAGAGGGAGGGGAGUCCCGGACCCUGAUAUAUAGAGGAGGGAGUCCCCGGACCCUGAUAUAUAGUGGGAGGAGAAGUACCCAGACCCUGAUAUAUAGAGGGAGGGGAGUCCCCAGACCCUGAUAUAUAGAGGGAGGGGAGUCCCCGGACCCUGAUAUAUAGAGGAAGGGGAGUCCCCAGACCCUGAUAUAUAGAGGGAGGGGAGUCCCCGGACCCUGAUAUAUAGAGGGAGGGGAGUCCCCAGACCCUGAUAUAUAGAGGGAGGGGAGUCCCCAGACCCUGAUAUACAGAGGGAGGGGAGUCCCCAGACCCUGAUAUAUAGAGGAGGGACUCCCCUGACCCUUAUAUAUAGACGAUGGGGGUCCCCAGACCCUUAUAUAUAGAGGAAGGGGAGUCCCCAGACCCUGAUAUAUAGUGGGAGGAGAAGUACCCAGACCCUUAUAUAUAGUGGGAGGGGAGUCCCCAGACCCUGAUAUAUAGAGGAAGGGGAGUCCCCGGACCCUGAUAUAUAGAGGGAGGGGAGUCCCCGGACCCUGAUAUAUAGAGGGAGGGACUUCCCCGGACCCUGAUAUAUAGAGGAGGGAGUCCCGGACCCUGAUAUAUAGAGGAGGGAGUCCCCGGACCCUGAUAUAUAGUGGGAGGAGAAGUACCCAGACCCUUAUAUAUAGUGGGAGGGGAGUCCCCAGACCCUGAUAUAUAGAGGGAGGGGAGUCCCCAGACCCUGAUAUAUAGAGGGAGGGGAGUCCCCAGACCCUGAUAUAUAGAGGGAGGCCAGACCCCAGACCCUGAUAUAUAGAGGGAGGAGUCCCCAGACCCUUAUAUAUAGAGGAGGGAGUCCCCAGACCCUGAUAUAUAGAGGAGGGAGUCCCCAGACCCUGAUAUAUAGAGGGAGGAGUCCCCAGACCCUGAUAUAUAGAGGAGGGAGUCCCCAGACCCUGAUAUAUAGAGGGAGGGAGUCCCCGGACCCUGAUAUAUAGAGGGUGGGGAGUCCCCGGACCCUGAUAUAUAGAGGGGGGGAGUCCCCGGACCCUGAUAUAUAGUGGGAGGAGAAGUACCCAGACCCUUAUAUAUAGUGGGAGGGGAGUCCCCAGACCCUGAUAUAUAGAGGAAGGGGAGUCCCCAGACCCUGAUAUAUAGAGGGAGGGGAGUCCCCAGACCCUGAUAUAUAGAGGGAGGGGAGUCCCCAGACCCUGAUAUAUAGAGGGAGGGGAGUCCCCGGACCCUGAUAUAUAGAGGGAGGGGAGUCCCCAGACCCUGAUAUAUAGAGGAGGGAGUCCCCAGACCCUGAUAUACAGAGGGAGGGGAGUCCCCAGACCCUUAUAUAUAGAGGGAGGGGAGUCCCCAGACCCUGAUAUAUAGAGGGAGGGGAGUCCCCAGACCCUGAUAUAUAGAGGAGGGGAGUCCCCGGACCCUGAUAUAUAGAGGAGGGGACUCCCCAGACCCUGAUAUAUAGAGGGAGGGGAGUCCCCAGACCCUGAUAUAUAGACGAAGGGAGUCCCCAGACCCUUAUAUAUAGAGGAAGGGGAGUCCCCAGACCCUGAUAUAUAGUGGGAGGAGAAGUACCCAGACCCUUAUAUAUAGUGGGAGGGGAGUCCCCAGACCCUGAUAUAUAGAGGAAGGGGAGUCCCCGGACCCUGAUAUAUAGAGGAGGGAGUCCCCGGACCCUGAUAUAUAGAGGGAGGGAGUCCCCGGACCCUGAUAUAUAGAGGGAGGGAGUCCCGGACCCUGAUAUAUAGUGGGAGGAGAAGUACCCAGACCCUGAUAUAUAGAGGAGGGAGUCCCAGACCCUGAUAUAUAGAGGAGGGAGUCCCCGGACCCUGAUAUAUAGAGGAAGGGAGUCCCCAGACCCUGAUAUAUAGAGGGAGGGGAGUCCCCGGACCCUGAUAUAUAGAGGGAGGGGAGUCCCCAGACCCUGAUAUAUAGAGGGAGGGGAGUCCCCAGACCCUGAUAUACAGAGGGAGGGGAGUCCCCAGACCCUGAUAUAUAGAGGGAGGGGAGUCCCCUGACCCUGAUAUAUAGACGAAGGGGAGUCCCCAGACCCUUAUAUAUAGAGGAAGGGGAGUCCCCAGACCCUGAUAUAUAGUGGGAGGAGAAGUACCCAGACCCUUAUAUAUAGUGGGAGGGGAGUCCCCAGACCCUGAUAUAUAGAGGAAGGGGAGUCCCCGGACCCUGAUAUAUCGAGGAGGGAGUCCCCGGACCCUGAUAUAUAGAGGGAGGGAGUCCCUGGACCCUGAUAUAUAGAGGGAGGGAAGUCCCCGGACCCUGAUAUAUAGAGGGAGGGAGUACCCGGACCCUCAUAUAUAGUGGGAGGAGAAGUACCCAGACCCUUAUAUAUAUUGGGAGGGAGUCCCCAGACCCUGAUAUAUAGAGGAAGGGAGUCCCCAGACCCUGAUAUAUAGAGGAGGGAGUCCCCAGACCCUGAUAUAUAGAGGGAGGAGUCCCCAGACCCUGAUAUAUAGAGGAGGGAGUCCCCAGACCCUUAUAUAUAGAGGAGGGAGUCCCCAGACCCUGAUAUAUAGAGGAGGGAGUCCCCAGACCCUGAUAUAUAGAGGAGGGAGUCCCCGGACCCUGAUAUAUAGAGGAAGGGGAGUCCCCAGACCCUGAUAUAUGGAGGGAGGGGAGUCCCCAGACCCUGAUAUAUAGACGAAGGGGAGUCCCCAGACCCUUAUAUAUAGAGGAAGGGGAGUCCCCAGACCCUGAUAUAUAGAGGGAGGGGAGUCCCCGGACCCUGAUAUAUAGAGGGAGGGGAGUCCCCAGACCCUUAUAUAUAGAGGAAGGGGAGUCCCCAGACCCUGAUAUAUAGAGGAAGGGGAGUCCCCGGACCCUGAUAUAUAGAGGGAGGAGAAGUACCCAGACCCUUAUAUAUAGUGGGAGGGGAGUCCCCAGACCCUGAUAUAUAGAGGAAGGGGAGUCCCCAGACCCUGAUAUAUAGAGGGAGGGGAGUCCCCGGACCCUGAUAUAUAGAGGGAGGGAAGUCCCCGGACCCUGAUAUAUAGUGGGAGGAGAAGUACCCAGACCCUGAUAUAUAGAGGGAGGGGAGUCCCCAGACCCUGAUAUAUAGAGGAAGGGGAGUCCCCAGACCCUGAUAUAUAGAGGGAGGGGAGUCCCUGGACCCUGAUAUAUAGAGGGAGGGGAGUCCCCGGACCCUGAUAUAUAGUGGGAGGAGAAGUACCUAGACCCUGAUAUAUUGUGGGAGGAGAAGUACCCAGACCCUUAUAUAUAGAGGGAGGGGAGUCCCCAGACCCUGAUAUAUAGAGGAAGGGGAGUCCCCAGACCCUGAUAUAUAGAGGGAGGGGAGUCCCCAGACCCUGAUAUAUAGAGGGAGGGAAGUCCCCGGACCCUGAUAUAUAGAGGGAGGAGAAGUACCCAGACCCUUAUAUAUAGUGGGAGGGGAGUCCCCAGACCCUGAUAUAUAGAGGAAGGGGAGUCCCCAGACCCUGAUAUAUAGAGGGAGGGGAGUCUCCGGACCCUGAUAUAUAGAGGGAGGGAAGUCCCCGGACCCUGAUAUAUAGUGGGAGGAGAAGUACCCAGACCCUGAUAUAUUGUGGGAGGGGAGUCCCCAGACCCUGAUAUAUAGAGGAAGGGGAGUCCCCAGACCCUGAUAUAUAGAGGGAGGGGAGUCCCUGGACCCUGAUAUAUAGAGGGAGGGGAGUCCCCGGACCCUGAUAUAUAGUGGGAGGAGAAGUACCCAGACCCUGAUAUAUUGUGGGAGGAGAAGUACCCAGACCCUUAUAUAUAGUGGGAGGGGAGUCCCCAGACCCUGAUAUAUAGAGGAAGGGGAGUCCCCGGACCCUGAUAUAUAGAGGAAGGGGAGUACCCAGACCCUGAUAUAUAGAGGGAGGGGAGUACCCGGACCCUGAUAUAUAGAGGGAGGGGAGUCCCCGGACCCUGAUAUAUAGAGGGAGGGGAGUCCCCAGACCCUGAUAUAUAGAGGAAGGGGAGUCCCCAGACCCUGAUAUAUAGAGGGAGGGGAGUCCCCAGACCCUGAUAUAUAGUGGGAGGAGAAGUACCCAGACCCUGAUAUAUAGUGGGAGGAGACGUACCCAGACCCUUAUAUAUAGUGGGAGGGGAGUCCCCAGACCCUGAUAUAUAGAGGAAGGGGAGUCCCCGGACCCUGAUAUAUAGAGGAAGGGGAGUACCCAGACCCUGAUAUAUAGAGGGAGAGGAGUCCCCGGACCCUGAUAUAUAGAGGGAGGGGAGUACCCAGACCCUGAUAUAUAGAGGGAGAGGAGUCCCCGGACCCUGAUAUAUAGAGGGAGGGGAGUCCUCGGACCCUGAUAUACAGAGGGAGGGGAAUCCCCAGACCCUGAUAUAUAGAGGGAGGGGAGUCCCCGGACCCUGAUAUAUAGAGGGAGGGGAGUCCCCAGACCCUGAUAUAUAGAGGGAGGGGAGUACCCGGACCCUGAUAUAUAGAGGGAGGGGAGUCCCCAGACCCUGAUAUAUAGAGGGAGGGGAGUCCCCAGACCCUGAUAUAUAGAGGAAGCGGAGUCCCCAGACCCUGAUAUAUAGAGGGAGGGGAGUACCCGGACCCUGAUAUAUAGAGGAAGGGGAGUCCCCAGACCCUGAUAUAUAGAGGGAGGGGAGUCCCCAGACCCUGAUAUAUAGAGGAAGCGGAGUCCCCAGACCCUGAUAUAUAGAGGGAGGGAAGUCCCCGGACCCUGAUAUAUAGAGGGAGGGGAGUCCCCGGACCCUGAUAUAUAGGGGGAGGGGAGUCCCCGGACCCUGAUAUAUAGAGGGAGGUGAGACCCCAGACCCUGAUAUAUAGAGGGAGGGGAGUCCCCGGACCCUGAUAUACAGAGGGAGGGGAAUCCCCAGACCCUGAUAUAUAGAGGGAGGGGAGUCCCCGGACCCUGAUAUAUAGAGGGAGGGGAGACCCCAGACCCUGAUAUAUAGAGGGAGGGGAGUCCCCGGACCCUGAUAUAUAGAGGGAGAGGAGUCCCCGGACCCUGAUAUAUAGAGGGAGGGGAGACCCCAGACCUUGAUAUAUAGAGGGAGGGGAGUGCCCAGACCCUGAUAUAUAGUGGGAGGGAAGUCCCCAGACCCUGAUAUAUAGAGGGAGGGGAGUCCCCGGACCCUGUUAUAUAGAGGGAGGGUGGGGCGGGGUUUUCUCUGAAGAGUAGUAGGACUCAAUGGGUAUGGUUAACCUGUUGGCGACUGUGAACAACUGCAAUUAGUCCUGCAGGAAAAAACAGGGGUGCCAAAAAUAGCCAGGUCUCUCCAUAGUUUUCAGCUGGGUGAUAAGUUGCAAUUCAGCCACUUCUCUUUCAAGUCUCUAUCUGAAAUUAUUUUGUAAUAAUACAGCUGCUUGGAGAUCCUGUAUUGAACGUCCCAGAAGAUGGAAGCGUUCUCCUUUUGGCUUCUCUGCCUUGCAAUUCCCGAUGUCGGAGUGAUGCCCAUUUAUCCUCUGGCACAGGGUUUGGCCUGUUGGUCCAAUAGAGAGCACUGCUGGCAUUUGAUGACAUUUGAUGGCAUUUGAUGGCAUUUGAUGGCAUACAUAACGUUCGAAGAUGAGCCAUUCAAUAGGCCUGAGAUGGGAUGUUUGGCAUUGUUGGGUCCAGCGAUGGUGUUGUCUGGGUGUGAGUGGCAGCAAAGUUGGCACCUGGGUUUAUUGCAGGCUCUGGUACCUGUGUCCGUGUUAAGGUAUGAUUGUGGGUGAGGAGUUGUUGUCGCCGUCUAGGAAGGUUGCAAAUCUCUGAGGUGUUGAACUGUUUUAACUUGGGAGCUGUAUGUGAUCGCUAGUGGCAUUCUGUUAUUUUCUCUUUGGGGUCUGUCUCGCAGCAAGCGCUCUCUGGCAAUCUGUCUCACUUUGUCGAUCUGUUGUUGAACUUUGAAUUCCAAAACACCUGAAUCUAGGAUCUAAGGCUGUUUGAAAGAAGACCAACAUCCAAAGCAAUUUUGGCCAAGAAUGUGAACUGCUGGGGAAACCCUGGGAGUUUGUCUGUCUCCUGUGUUCUUUCUCUUGAUGGAUGAGGUGGCAACUGGCCUGAUGAAUGGGAGACAGGUCGAGGUUAACAUAGCUGGAAGUUUUGGCAAGUCAGAGGGGAGACAGCGUCCCAGCCAUUGAAGCAAUGUGUUCCUUUGUGGAUUAGGAAGCAAAACAGGCCAUCCCGCUCUGCAAAGAGCAGCUGGGUCACGUCAUGUUAUUAAAAAAAUGCCAUUGCUCCCUUUCCCCUUAUGGGGUACCCAAAAGCCCGUCUAGAGUCCUUAAGUGGGUUCCCUAUCAGUAGGAGAAAAAUUGUUGUUGCUGAGUUGUUUAGUCAUGUCUGCCUCUUCGUGACCCCACAGACCAGAGCAUGCCAGGAACUCCUGUCUUCCACUGCUUCCCGCAGUCUGCUCAAACUCAUGCUGGUAGCUUCGAGAACACUAUCCAACCAUCUCGUCCUCUGUCGUCCCCUUCUCCUUGUGCCCUCCAUCUUUCCCAACAUCAGGAUCUUUUCCAGGGAGUCUUCUCUUCUCAUGAGGGGGCCAAAGUCUUGGAGCCUCAGCUUCAGGAUCUGUCCUUCCAGUGAGCACUCAGGGCUGAUUUCCUUAAGAAUGGAUACAUUUGAUCUUCUUGCAGUCCAUGGGACUCUCAAGAGUCUCCUCCAGCAGCAUAAUGCAAAAGCAGCAAUUCUUGAACAAUCAGCCUUCUUUAUGGUCCAGCUCUCACUUCCAUACAUCGCUACUGGGGAAACCAUAGCUUGAACUAUAUGGAUCUUUGUCGGUAAGGUGAUCUCUGCUUUCUGAGAUGCUGCCUAGUUUUGUCACCACUUUUCUCCCGAGAAGCAGGCGUCUUUUGAUUUUGUGACUGCUGUCACCAUCUGUCAUAUUUUGGGGGACUCAAAUGGGGGGCCCUUUUUAAACAUUUUUUAAAGUAAAAAAAACCUAGUCUUAUACACAGAAAAGUACGGUACCUUGGCAAUGGAUUAUUUGGAUCCUGAACAACCAGGAGUUCUUAGCAAGAGAUGGAAAAGUCCACGGACAAACAAAACUGUUUGCUUUAUGCGGCUGCACAGAGCUGGCCAAGGAGCAGCAUAGUUUGGAUUUUUCAAGCCUUUUCCCAUGUUUUGGAGGAGAGAAGGCUUGACUUAAUUCCAGGCAGCCUCCCAGACCCCGCGCUGGAUCUCAAAUGCCAUCUUUCAGAAUGUGGGGUUUCAAAGAUCUUUUCCCAUGUCUGAGAGGUCCUCCUGGCUGGUUUUUUAAAACUUUGGUUUCCUGGUCUCUGUUGUGAUGGUCUCCUUGUCGAGAAUCACCCAGUUAGGCGUUUAUUGAUCUGUGUAACUUUGGGAAAUGUCAUUCUCAUCUCCUACCUGAGCAGUUCUCUUUCCACAAGGGCCAACAUUGAUGUUGAAAUCGAGCAUUGCCUGAGCUCUGCGAGUGCAGCUUUCUCCCAAUUGAAGGGCAGAGUGUUUGAGGACCGGGACAUUCGCACGGAAACCCAAAUUUGCUGUGGUACUACCAACCUGACUGUCUGCUUGUGAAACACAGACCACUUAUCAACGCCGUCUCCAACUCCUCGAAAGAUUCCAUCAACGGGGUCUUGAAAAAGUUUAGGAAGACACAGGAGAACUAAUGCCAGAGUGCUAGAAGAAGCAAAGAUUGCCAGUGUCGAAGUGACAAUCCUUCAACAUCAACUUCUUGAAUCCUGACAAGACAAAAGUAUUAUUUUGGGGGGACAGGGGGUGGGUGGGUGUGAGUGAGGGACUCCCUGGUCCUGAAUGGGGCAACUGUGCCCCUAAAGGACGAGGUGUGCAGCCUAGGGGUGAUCUUGGACCCAAGGAGGCGCAGGUCCAUUCUGUGUCCAGGGCAGCUCCAUCUGGGAUGCAGGAUGGGACCCUCCCUGCCCAGAGCGGUGCAUGUUCUGGUUAUCUCCCGCUUGGACUGCUGCCACACGCUCUACGUGGGGCUACCUUUGAAGGUGACCCAGAAACUGCAACUAAUCCAGAAUGCGGCGACUGGGAGCAGCCACCAAGACCACAUAACAUCAGUCUUGAAAGACUUAGGGAUGUUUCAGGCCCAAUUCAAAGCGUAUUAAGAGGAUUCCAGCAAGGCUGAAUGUUAUGUACUGAGUUGAAUAGGAUCCAAACUGCAGCAGUCUGAUUGGUCCUAGAACAAUAGGAUCCAAAUUGCAGCAGUCUGAUUGGUCCUAGAACAAUAGGAUUCAGAAUGCAGCAGUCUGAUUGGUCCUAGAACAAUGCAGCAGUAUGAUUGGUUGGCAGGAACCACCCAAUCAUGCUCCAGAUAUAAGUGAAUCCACAACCUGAUUGGCUUACAGUAGAAUUCCAGAAUUAGCCAAUCAUGUGCAGCCCAUUGUGUAAAUAAUGUAUAUAAAGCAGAUACUUUGAGGGGACCUUCAUUCAUUCCUCCUCACCACUAUGAGCUGAAUAAAGAGCAUGAAAUCACUUUGCGACUCUGAGUAUAUUUCACUGGCAACGAAGGUGGGAUCCCGCUGAGCUGACUGCCACACACAGCACCACAGCACUGCCACCUGCCGCACCGCUGCCUCGCACCGUGUAUCCAGGCUUCAGCUCCGGGACACAAGGAACUCAGAAUGGCAACCGACAGCAGCUUCUCGCCGUUCAACCCAGCAUCUGGAGACUGGGAAGCGUAUGCCUCCCGUUUCACCUUCCUCCUCGAAGCCAAAGGGGUCACCGAUGAAGAAGACGCCAAGAAGAGGGCGAUAUUCUUCAGCAUCUGCGGAGAGGAGACGUUUGAAAUCGCCCGGGCUCUCCUUGCACCUGAAGACAUCGCUACUGUUCCAUACGAAACAAUAAUGGAACAGCUGAAGGGGCACUUUUCGCCGCAGCCCUCAGUGGUGGCUCGUCGAAAUGCCUUCUACACCCCUGGGGAAACCAUAACUGGGUUUGUGACCUCUCUCCGCCAAGCCGCCCGGUUCUGCAACUUCUCAGAGCUGGAGAACAUGCUUCGUGACCGCCUCGUCGGUGGCCUGAAGGAUGAGAAGCUGCAACGAUGCCUCUACGCUAAGAAGGACCUAACGUUCCAGGUCGCUCUGGAGGAGGCCCUGGCAACGGAAGCUGCCAAGAGGUCGACGCAAGAGGCACGGCAGAGCCUGCCAUCCCAACCGAGGGUCCACCAUGAAGACCUCACCGAUGACUCAAGAUCUGACAGGGAGGAGGUGCACCGACUACAGCAGCGCACUCAAGCAGCCCACAUACCACAGCUGCCUCGACGAGAAGGAAGGAACUGCGCAAGCUGCGGGGAAAGUCACGAGAGGAGGACCUGCCGUUUUCGCAAUGCAGAGUGCAGGCAGUGCAGAAAAUCAGGACACAUCGCCCGGGUGUGUCGAGCUUGGCCCACCCGACGCCAGGCAUCAGAUGACCAAUCCAAGAGCCCCAGGUCCCGGGGCCCAACGCACCAAGGCAACUCGACGGAUCUCACGGACUUCCAGGUAUACCAGUUGCCCCACCCCAACGUAGAAAAAAUUUAUGUAGAGGUACAGAUAGAGGGGGCCCCAUGCCGCAUGGAGCUUGACACGGGUUCAGCUCUAUCCAUAAUCUCGGCAAGGACCUUAAGGAAACUGUGUCCUACUGGGGGUCCCAAACUCAGGCUGGCCCCAUUCACCCUCCGGGACUUCCAGAAACAUAAGGUCCCCACAAUGGGGGUGGGGACCUUCAGGGUGUAAUACCGAGGGCAGACGCGGCAACUGGACUUGCUUGUGGUCAAGGGCCCCUACAUUAGCUUACUGGGAUUGGCAUAUUUUGGACCACUGGGGCUAGCCGUCACCGGGGUGAACCACACUAGCUUACACAUGGACGUGGACGCCAUAUGCAAGGAAUUUCCAGGGGUUUUCGAUGGGAAAUUGGGACAGUAUACGGCCCCCCCCCAUUGCUCUACAGCUUGACCCCGCAGUACGACCGGUCUGGCUCAAGGCCCACCGGGUCCCGGUCACCCUGAAACCCCAUAUAGACGAGGAAUUGACCGGCUCAUGGAGCAAGGAGUGCUGGAGCCGGUGCCUAAUGCCCCCUGGGAAACCCCAAUCGUCACACCCGUCAAGCCUAAUGGUUUGGUCCGCAUCUGCGCAGACUACAAAUGUACCAUAAACAAGGCCCUCACGGCCCAUGCAUACCCAGUGCCAGUGGUCAGCCAUGUCCUUGCCACCCUGGCUGGGUCAAAAAUUUUUGGCAAGCUGGACUUGACCCAAGCAUAUCAACAGCUGCCAGUAGAUGAGGCCACAGCAGAGGCACAGACGAUUGUGAUGCACAGAGGAGCGUUCAGGGUAAAGCGGCUGCAAUUCGGUGUCAGCGUGGCACCAGGCACAUUCCAGAAUCUAAUGGACUCGCUCCUUAAAGGGAUUCCUGGCGUCACCCCCUUCUACGAUGAUGUGUUCAUUGCCGAGCCCACAGCAGAGGAGUUUGAGGACCGCCUCCGCACCAUUCUGCGCCAUUUCCAGACGGCGGGUCUCAAGGUGAAGCGGGAAAAAUGUCUACUAGGAGUGCCUCAGGUGGACUUUCUGGGAUUUAUGCUGGACGCAGAAGGGGUCCACCCAACUGGGGACAAGGUACGGGCCAUUUGUGAUGCCCCAGCGCCCAAGAGCAAGACUGAACUUCAGGCCUUCUUGGGACUAUUGAACUUUUACCAUUCCUUCCUUCCCCACAAGGCGGCGGUAGCGGAGCCGCUACACAGACUCCUGGACAAGCGGGCCCCUUGGGUGUGGGGCCAGCGCCAGGAGGCUGCAUUCCAGGCAGUCAAGGACUUGCUUGUCUCAAACUCGGUCUUGGCACACUUCGACGAGAGGCUGCCGGUGGUGCUAGCAUGUGACGCCUCGCCCUAUGGCAUUGGCGCUGUCCUGGGACACCAACUCCCGGAUGGAAGAGAGGUACCGGUAGCAUACUUUUCCCAGACACUCAACACAACCGAGCGGAACUACUUGCAAAUCGACAAGGAGGGUCUGGCAAUCGUGAAGGGAGUAAAAAAAUUCCAUGAUUUCUUGUACGGGCGGCCCUUCACCGUGGUGACUGACCACAAGCUGUUGCUUGGCUUGUUUGCCCCCGAAAAGCAGACCCCCCAAGUGCUGUCUCCUUGUGUCCUCAGGUGGUCAAUUUUCCUUGCCAGCUACCAGUAUGCACUGAUUCACUGCCCGGGGAAGGUGAUGGGCCAUGCGGACGCCCUCAGCAGGCUACCACUACCGGAAACAGGCACCUGCAGAAGAGGUUAUGAGCCUGGAACUGCUUCCCGACUGCCCCAUUCAGGCACAAGAAGUUGCACACCAUUCCAAGAAAGAUAGGGUCAUCUCCCGGGUCCUGGACUGGGUGUGGAGGGGAUGGCCCAGCAGCAGCCCUGGGCCAGAAUUUGCUGGCUACACAACCCGCAAACAUGAACUGUCGGCCCACAAGGGGUGCCUGUUUUGGGGAAGCAGGGUUGUUGUUCUCCAGCCCCUCCGAAAAAGGGUCCUCACAGCCCUACACGAGACACACCCAGGGGUAGUAAGAAUGAAGGCCCUGGCCAGGAGUUAUGUGUGGUGGCCGGGGAUCGACGGAGAGAUAGAGGCCUGGGUCAAACACUGCCAGGCCUGCCAAGAAUCCCGCCCAGAUCCCCCCAAGGGCCCCAGUCCAGUCCUGGGAGUCCGCCCGAGCACCAUGGUCACGCCUGCAUGUGGACUUCGCUGGCCCCUUUCAGGGGAAAACAUUCUUCAUAGUGGUGGACUCCUACACCAAAUGGCUGGAAGUCGCACUGGUACCGUCCACUUCUACAUCCGCAGCCAUCCGGGUACUACGCAGGCUGUUUGCAACCCACGGGCUCCCUGACACUCUCGUCUCAGACAACGGGACUGCAUUUACGUCAGGAGAAUUCCAAACCUUCACAGCGCAGAACGCCACCCGCCACAUCCGUUCGGCGCCAUUCCACCCUGCCAAGCAGAACGCAUGGUGCAGAGCACCAAGGACACCCUUCGCCGCAUGAUGCAAGGGGAUUGGGAGUACCGCCUUGCCACAUUCCUCCUAGCACGGCACAGCACCCCCAGCUCAACGACUGGCCGGAGCCCCGCGGAACUACUAAUGGGUCAGCGCCUUGCAAUCAGAUUGGACCGCCUUCACCCCGAUAGAGCUCAGGAUGAGGUAGUGGUGGGGGAAGGCAGGAACCCCCGGACCUUCGAGGCCCAGGACCCAGUGUACGCAAAGAAUUUUGGGGCAGGCCCAGCAUGGGUACCCGCCACAGUCACCAGGGUCACUGGCCCCGUGUCGUAGGAGGUGCUAACGGAUGGGGGGGCAAUGCUGGCGCUGCCACUGUGACCAGAUACGGCGACGAUUCCCGGGAGAAAACCAGGAGGAGGAAAGGUCAGAGGAGUCCCAAGGGAACAGAGGGGCAGUGAGGCCCAUAGAGCAGGAGGGGCCAGCAGGAGAGGCAGAAUCAGUAAAUACAGAGAGGACCCGCAAGGCCGAAAGGACACCGGAACCAGAACCACGACUGAGCGAGCCGGUUGCGCCAGACCAAACAGGCCCAUCACAGCCAGCAUCCUUGGAACACGAGCCAGAACCUGAACCCCGGACCAGGGAACACCCCAGGCCGCAACGCACACGUAGGCCGCCGGCAUACCUCGAGGACUAUGAAUGCGACCUCCCGGGCAGGACUGGAACUUAGAGGGAGGGGUGUUAUGUACUGAGUUGAAUAGGAUCCAAACUGCAGCAGUCUGAUUGGUCCUAGAACAAUAGGAUCCAAAUUGCAGCAGUCUGAUUGGUCCUAGAACAAUAGGAUUCAGAAUGCAGCAGUCUGAUUGGUCCUAGAACAAUGCAGCAGUAUGAUUGGUUGGCAGGAACCACCCAAUCAUGCUCCAGAUAUAAGUGAAUCCACAACCUGAUUGGCUUACAGUAGAAUUCCAGAAUUAGCCAAUCAUGUGCAGCCCAUUGUGUAAAUAAUGUAUAUAAAGCAGAUACUUUGAGGGGACCUUCAUUCAUUCCUCCUCACCACUAUGAGCUGAAUAAAGAGCAUGGAAUCACUUUGCGACUCUGAGUAUAUUUCACUGAAACUUACUGUUUUAAGGUAAAGGGACGGUAUCCGCAAUAUACAAAAUACUACUCCAAAAUCCCACAAACCCCCAAGACGCAAUCAAAAAACAAUGGGAGAAUGACAUAGGCUAUGAGAUUAACCCCACUCAAUGGACCAGAAUGUGGUCUAACCCCCCCUUUAAAUCCAUAUCAAUGAAAAGAGAAGAACUCACUCUGAAACUCACCUACAGGUGGUACCUAACACCAAGAAAACUGGCAUUAAUAUGCCCAGGAACCUCACCAAAAUGCUGGAGAGAGUGCACCUCCACAGGCACAUACCUCCACAUGUGGUGGGAGUGUCCCAAAAUCCAACUAUUCUGGACAACAGCCAUACGAGAAAUAUGUAAAAUAACUAAGCAAGUAUUAGACAUCACCCCAGAAUUGGCCCUACUAAACAUCUUCCAAGACAAGAAUGCCCAUUUACACCACAAAGAACUCAUAACCCACCUACUUUCAGCAGCCAGAAACACCAUAACCAGACACUGGAGAGACCUGUCAGGAGUAAACAUGGACCAAUAGUACCAAAUAGUAUGGGAAACAGCCCUACUAAAAAAAUUAACUAAUAAACUGAAACUGACACGGGGACAAACAGAAGAAGACACCUUCACCCCGGUAUGGCUCCCCUUUAUCACAUACACAGCCCAACAAGACAAUGACAAUAACCCACCACACUCACACACGAAAACAAAGACCACCACAGCCAAUCACAAACAAACAACCACACCCUAGGCCAACCCCAACCUCUCUCAUCACCAAAGAAACACAAGUGAACAGCAGAGAACCGGCACGAGUAAAGCUGACACGAAACCCAUUAAGCAAAAUAGAAACAUCGCCACCCCCCCCCCACCCACCUUCCCUCCUCCCCCCUCCCCCCCCCACUAAUGUCUCAAUAAAUGAAACUGAUUUGUAAAAAUGUUACAUGGAAGAAAUACGAGAGACAUUACACAUACUUCUAUAAAACAAGAAAAUCUUUAAUAAUAAUAAUAAAUUAACUUACUGUUUUUAAAAAAGGGAUUUUAUUCUUGUCAAAAGGAAACCUUCCUCUGCGGGUCAAUGUGAAGAGGAUGCCAGUGAGGUUGAACCUUUCUGUAAAAUAAAGUCUUACCGAGACCAUAAAACACCAGUCCUGAGAGAUCUGCAUUGGCUCCCAGGACGUUUCCAAGCACAAUUCAAAGUGUUGGUGCUGACCUUUAAAUCCCUCAAUGGCCUUGGCCCAGUAGACCUGAAGGAGUGCCUCCACCCCGGACGCCAGGGUCCCUCUCUGGCAAGAAGCGAAGUUACAGGGAACCAGGCAGGGGGCCUUCUUGGUAGUGGCACCGUCCCUGUGGAGCGCCAUCCUGUCAGAUGUUAAAGGAAUAAACAACUGUAUGACAUUUAGAAGACAUCUGAAGGCAGCCCUGCUUAGGGAAGCUGAAUGACUUGUUUUAAUGCAUUUUUAAUCUAUGUCAGAAGCCCCCCAGAGUGGGGAUGCCUGUCCAAUACCAUGUUCUGAGCUGCAGAUGCUUUUCCCGUUUGCCAUGCACCAACCAUGUGCUUCGCUGUCUCCUUCCCCGCCGCCUUUGCCCUAAAUAUAUUAUUAUUAUUAUUAUUAUUAUUAUUAUUAUUAUUAUUAUUAUUAUUACAGGGCCUACCAGCUACACGGUGGGCACCAUGUCGGAGCGCUUUGACUGCCACUAUUGCCGGGACAACUUGCACGGGAAGAAGUAUGUGCAGAAGGAAGGCCGCCACUGCUGCAUCAAGUGCUUUGAGAAGUUCUGCGCAAACACCUGUGCUGAGUGCAAGAAGCCCAUCGGGGCCGAUUCCAAGGUGGUUAUUUUAACAGUUUGCUUGUUUACUGAAUGGAUAUUUCCAUCCCACGCUCCCUGCCCCAAGAAAUGUGGGGAUGUUCAGGGAGGCAGGAGAGGACCCAUUGUUUAAUAGAGGCAUAGGCAAACUUGGCCCUCCAGCUGUUUUGGGACUACAACUCCCAUGAUCCUUAGCUAGGACUCCCCUGUGUGAGUGCCUGAGGGCCCCACUCCUGCCACUCACCACCUGGCCCAGGGCAGGGCCUGACAGGCCUCAUAAGGACAGUUGCUGCUGCUGGCCAGGAAGACUCGGAGCAGUGCAGUGUUCUUUUUAAAAUGUUUUAAAAUUCUAUUAUUUCCCUUUUGAAUUUUUUUUUGUGGGGGGUGGGGGGGAUGGAUGUUUGGUUGGGUUUGGGAAUUUGUUUUGAUUUUGAUGUGUUUGUAAUUUUUACAGUUUUUUGUUUGUAUUGUUUUAUUGUGUUUUGUUUUAAAGGUUUUAUUUUGUACUUAAGGGCUGCCGGGGAGUGGGUCCCAGCCAACAGAUUGGCUGGGGCAGGUUCCACAGGGCGGGUAUGCACUGGGACAACCGAUCUCGGUGAUCACGGGUAGGAGGAGGAGUUAUGCUAAGACCAGACCAUGUCAUUACUGAGGAGGCAGGCUUAGUCAUUGUUUGAGGACUAUCCCUGCCUCCAGGUCUGGUCUUGUCCGGACAGAUACUGGAAUCAGCAAGGGAUACCCACAUGACCUGAAGGUGCUGCUGUGCAAUGCCAGGUCAAUGAUCCAUAAGACCACUGCCAUCCAUGACUUGAUCAUGGAUGGAGGACUUGACCUGGCCUGUGUAACAGAGACUUGGUUGGAUGAUGCAGAUGGGCCUGUCCUUGCUGCUGCUUGUCCACCAGGUUUCUCUUACACGCAGCAACCCGGGCCUUGUGGGCAGGGAGGGGGGGUUGCAGUGAUUUUUAGGAAGUCGCUAGUUUGCACCAGGCGUCCUAUUGGGAAGACCCAGUUCUCUGAGUGCAUGUUCUGGAAGUUGGGCAAUAGGGGCAGUACAGGAUUCCUUUUGGUGUACUGACCUCCCCGCUGCACCAAGGAUUCCCUGCCCAAGCUGCUUCAGGUCAUGGCGGAUGUUCUCCUGGAGACACCUGGUUUGGUUGACCUAGGGGAUUUUAACAUCCAUGCCAACAGGACCUUACAAGGGGCCGCUCGGGACUUCAUGGAAAGCAUGGCCUCCAUGGGGCUGUCCCUGAAUAAGUCUGGCCCAACCCAAGGACAUGCCUUGGUGUUCACCUCUAUGGAUGUUGGUGAUCUGACACUAAGUAAAAGUGAAACGAAAGAAGUGCUGUUGGAAUGAAAUCACGACAGACGAGUAGCAGGUGUCAUGUGAGAGGCAUCUCUGGAGCAAGCCCUGAGAAGACUCUUUUAUUGAAUAUUACAACAUUGCCACAGGUGCGCUAGUUGCUGAUUGGUUGAUACAAACACAAAGCAACUUGUUGCUGAUUGGUUAACACAAGUACAAGGCGAGGGUUACAUAUAGGCAUUAAUCACCAAUAGAUUAAAGGCUGGGAAAGGGAGCACAGAACUAGACAGGCAUGAAAACCUCCUAAUUAAAUGAUAACUAAUGAUUGAUAUAGCAUGACCAAAACAAUUACUAAUGAUUGAUCAUAACAUGAAAGAAUACAAUAAUCGUGUUCCGUAGAUGUGAUCAACUGUGCAUUAAGAACAGGUCAGAGUAUAAUGUUUUCAUGAACUUGGGAUGAACUGAACAGCCUAGGAGAAUGAGGGAAUGUCUAGGUAUUUAGAACGGGUUGUACAGUAUGUACAGAAACAGAGAAAAGCUUAUAAGCAGGAUUUCCCAUAAUGCCAGAGAAAAGAAGCAGGACUUCCCAUAAUGCCAGUUAUGUGCAGAAAGAGAACUUCCCUUCAUCUCCCCCUUUCUUUUCUUGUUUGCGAGGUGUUCUGGGUGAAUAAGACAAAAAUACUUCGGGAUACGUGGUAUGCCAGCGAAUGCCCAAAAUAAGUUCGCCAGGGUUGACGGGACAAAAAUAUUUCGGGAUACGUGGUCUGCCAGCGCAUGCCCAAAAUAAGUCUGCCCACAUCUCCCCUAAUGUUUACUCUUGGUGCUGCCAUUUCGCAAAGUAGGCAGCAAGGAGUUUAUUGGGUGGCUGAGGGGGAGAGACAAGCCAAGACAAUCAUAGAAUCAUAGAAUCAUAGAAUCAUAGAGUUGGAAGAGACCACAAGGGCCAUCGAGUCCAACCCCCUGCCAAGCAGGAAACACCAUCAGAGCACUCCUGACAUAUGGUUGUCAAGCCUCUGCUUAAAGACCUCCAAAGAAGGAGACUCCACCACACUCCUUGGCAGCAAAUUCCACUGUCGAACAGCUCUUACUGUCAGGAAGUUCUUCCUAAUGUUUAGGACAAAAGACUUAUGAGGCCAGGAAUGCAUUGGAGGAAACAACAUAGCAAAAUUAAUAUACAUAUAAUGACAAUGGCAUAUUGAAAGAGAUUAUGAAGCCAAGUCAGGUUUGGUAACCAAGCGGUAAGCCACUGGGUGAAAGAAUCCCAGAGGCCAGAAAAUCCAACGUCCUGUUUAAUGUGAUGUGUAAGAUUUUGUAAAUGAGAGAUUUGGCUUUGAAUGGCUUUAGAAUUAUCAGUAAUAUUGAAACAACACAUGUCAUUCACUUGUUCACAGCCAUAAUGAUGAAGCAUGAGCAAAUAAUCUAUAGCAGCGCGGUUCUGCAAAAGUCCAUGCUGGAGUUCACUUUGUUCUUUAUUCAAAAGGUGAAGAGCUUGAGAAGUAUAAUUCAGGGCUUUUGCUGCAGAACAAGCCAAAGAAUUAAUGUUCCUACUACUACGUACAGCCAAUCCAGGGACUCCUAAGAGAGAAACAGCUAAAGAGAUAUAUUCAGACCUACUGGGAAGAGAAAUUGAAUCGUCACAAUCGUUAGUUAAUUCAAUAGAGCGGCGAUAUCGAGAGCGGGUCAAAUGAUGCUUUUUGGGUAAUACAAUGGACAAAUGGCUUAAACAACAGGGUGUUCCAUGGCUGAUGUUUGCUGGAAUGUAAUUAAAUGUAUAGCCAGGACACAACCAGAACCAACCUGCAGGUAAUUCUGUAUACUUGUAUACAUAAGAAAUAUUUACAUAAUUAGAGCAGUGGAAAUUAUCCUUGCCCAUUUUCACACAGUUGGUUUUUGUGCAAUUCACCAUACGGGCGCAAGUGACAUUAAAAGAAGCCACGUAUGGGGUCAAUAAGUCAGUGGCCAGAGGUGGGCGUUGGCGCACUUGGUUACCCCAGACAUAGUAACCGGAAUAACCAAGGGUGCGGAGAGAAUCAUUUUUGGGUAGGGAUGAGAAAAACCAGGUAUCAUUUUGUAUAUCAAAAGGGUCAUGGCAAACAGGUAUAAGGCAGGAGCCAAGGAUUUCACCUAUAGAUACCUGUUGGGUUAGGCAAAAGGAAGAAAUAUUGAGGGUCUUUGCAAAAGAUUCCCACACAUUUGUUGGUGUGUGGUUAUCGCUAUUAGGAGCAGAAGCAGAGAGAGGCAAAAACAAAACGCUAAGAAUGAGCACUAUCAUGGAUAGUAAUACACAGAAGCAAAUUCUCAGGGGUUGCUUCAAGCUGCUUUUCCUUUCUAAGCUGUUCAGCCUGAAAUGAGAGUGAUUUUAUUUGGCCCCAUGUCACAGGUCCAUUACGAUUUCCCCGCUUACGAGUCCUGGGGGGGCUGGACGCCGCAUCCUGGGCGAUCUGUAGUUUGCGGUCGAACUGCGGUAUCGGAUCCGGUAGGGUCUGUCGCCACGCCAUGGUAUAGGCGGAUGCAGCGUGCGGGAACCCAGCGAGCACCCUGUGGAGUAAAAACUGCAGCGUAACCCUUUCCCCAGGUGAUCAGUUUUACAGAUUCACUCCAUUCGUUGGAGGGUAAUAUCUUAUAGCGGACCAGUGGGGCUGGGAGUAUCUCUGUUUGCUGAAAAUGCUUCUGGAGGUGAGUAUAAGAUUGAUGAUCCUGUAUGGAAACAUUCAAAUGAUUGAGAGUAAAGAGAACACUAGCCAACCAGCCUUCCUUUUCAGAGAGUGAGGCUGGGACUCCGGCCUUCUUUUCUUGUCGAAUCAAGGCAGUUUUUAAAGUGCGAUUGGCACGUUCAACAAUCGCUUGGCCUUGAGAAUUGUAGGGGAUGCCAAAUAAAUGGUGAAUAUUCUAUGUUUCACAGAACUGAGCAAAGGUUUUUGCACAGUACGCUGGGGCACUGUCAGUUUUCAAGGAAUGAGGCUUGCCCAUGACUGACAUGGUACGAACAAGAUGAUUGCAAACAUGCUUAACCUGUUCUCCCCUUUGAGGGGUGGCCCAAAUAAAGCCAGAGAACGUAUCAAUGCAAACAUGUAUGAACUUCCAAGGUGAAAAGGGGGCGAAGUGAGUUACAUCCAUUUGCCACAACUGGUUGGCUUCCAGCCCACGGGGAUUAACACCAGGGCUGGGGUGGCCAAUCUGAUUAGAGCAUUGAGGGCAUUGUUGGAUAAUUGCACGUGCUGCUUCCAACGGGAUUUGGAACUGGCGGCUAAGGGCUUUUGCAUUUUGAUGAUGGAAAGCAUGACUUUCAAUGGGGGAAACAGGCAAAGCCCUAAGCAAAGAAUCCGCUUUUGCAUUGCCAUCAGUAAUAAAGCCUGGGAAGGGUUGGUGAGAGCGAAUGUGCACCACAAAUAGUGGGUGGGAGUGAUUAGAAAGAAGCAAUUGUAAGGACAGGAAAAGGCUCAAUAAGUUAUCAUCCAAUAAAGGACUUACAUAACUGCCCUGUAAACGAGUUAUGACAUUUGCAACAUACUGUCCACUACCAAAUUAAAGGGCUGUGAGGAGAAGUGGUGCAGAGCUUUGACAGCAGCUGCUAACUCAGAACGCUGGGCAAACUUUUGUGGAAGAGUGUAGAGGCUGUGCCAUUCCUCAUUUUGUUGCCAAGCAACCACCCCCCUGGAGGGGGCUCCGUCAGUAAAACAGUAGGGGCAUCCAAAGGGACAGGAGAUAAUAUGGAAGAAAAGGACAGGGAAAUUUGUUUGCUCAUUUGCAGGUGAGGGUCGGCUGGGAUAUGGCAACCCACUUGGCCAACAAAAUCGGCUAAAGCGCACUGCAAAUCCAUGCAAGUGGAGAGAGCAGUUUCCCAUUGUUCUAAGGGCAUGGGCACAAUAAUUUGGCGGCAAUCAAUGCCAAAGAGGCUUUUGCAGCGACGGCGUCCCUUGCUGAUGAGCUGAGCAAGGAGAUCCAUUAAGGAGUCACCGUGUUCUUUGGCGUAUGAUGUAAAUACAGCCAUUCAAUUAUAUGAACUUUCGAUGGUCCUAACUGAAUAAUGGCCGCAAAAGGUUGGACAGAAUCUGUCAUUAUGACUACAUCGGGCAAAACAUUAAGAAUUGCUCGAUCAACCCAGUGGAGACGCAUGAUUUCCUUUAACUGGGCAACAGUCUUCUGUUGAGAGGAGGUCAAGGUGAUUUUCUCACCAGGAGAUUGAUGGCCUUUUAAGGCUGAAAAAAGCAGCCGUAAAACUUCAAGGGGGAUUUUAAAAUAGGGUCUUAUCCAGUUGAUAUUGCCCAGCAAUUGCUGCAGCUGGACAUAUUUCAUUGUUUUUGGAACAUGAAGUUCAGGGACUAUAGGAAUAGAAUAGCUAGCUAUCAUUUUGUGUCCCAAAUAAUGGAAGGGAGAGGAUUCCUGAACUUUUUCUGGGGCAAUUUUUAGACCAUAAAGUGACAAACAGGCUGUCAUAUCAUGCUUCCAUUGAGGGGGAAGGCGUGGCCCACUGAUAAGCACGUCAUCCAUAUAAUGAUAAAUUGAGAGGUGUGGAUACUGCAAACGAAAAGGCUGAAGGGCUUGAUUCACAUAAUAUUGGCUCCCCGUCGGGGAAUCGAACCCCGGUCUCCCGCGUGACAGGCGGGGAUACUUACCACUAUACUAACAAAAGGUUGUAAUAUUCAAUAAAAGCUUCUUCUCGGGGUUUUGCUUGAGAGAUGCCUCUUACAUGACACCUGCUACUCGUCUGUCGUGAUUUCAUUCCAACAUCUGGUGACCCCGACGUGAUUUGCCAGAUCCCUUACGCAGCCAGCCCUCAUACUUCACUCGACUGGAAAAGUCUCGGCGCGCUAUUUCCUGUUAGCUGUAGUCCAGAGGAUUGGUGAAAAGAAACUUCUUCGUAAGUAUAAAAUCAAUGGUAUAGUUCUGGAAGGCUUGAUUGACACGGGCGCAGAUGUUUCUGUAAUUUCCAGUAGUUGCUGGGACCCCACGUGGCCCCUUGAGUCUGCCUCUGCUGUCUGGGGUGUGGGUGGCCCCCAAACCUCUUCUAAAAGCGUACAGUGGCUGCCUGUUUCUCUGCCUGAUAGCUCUGAAACCAUUGCUUACAUCCAGCCCUGUGUGCUGAAAAUCCACCUCAAUCUGUGGGGCAGAGACUUACUACAACAAUUACAAGCUACCAUUCAAUUUAAUGAGUAAGCUUGCACUCCCCCUCAACUGUAAAUUCUUUGCUUUUACUGUUCCUGUGUUAAAUAACAGUCAGCCCACGGAACGGUAUCAAUGGAAAGUCCUACCGCAAGGAAUGCUGAAUUCCCCUACCAUGUGCCAAUACAUCAGCCAUGGAACACCCUGUUGCUUAAGCCGUUUGUCCAUCAUUUUACCCAAAAAGCAUUAUUUGACCCGCUUUCGAUAUCGCCGCUCUGUUGAAUUGACUAACGAUUGUGACGAUUCAAUUUCUCUUCCCAGUAGGUCUGAAUAUAUCUCUUUAGCUGUUUCUCUCUUAGGAGUCCCUGGAUUGGCUGUACGCAAUAGUAGGAACAUUAACUCUUUAGCUUGUUCUGCAGCAAAAGCCCUGAAUUAUACUUCUCAAGCUCUUCACCUUUUGAAUAAAGAACAAAGUGAACUCCAGCAUGGACUUUUGCAGAACCGCGCUGCUAUAGAUUAUUUGCUGAUGCUUCAUCAUUAUGGUUGUGAACAAGUGGCUGACGUGUUGUUUCAAUAUUACUGAUAAUUCUAAAGCCAUUCAAAGCCAAAUCUCUCAUUUGCAAGAUCUUACACACCACAUUAAACAGGACAUUGGAUUUUCUGGCCUCUGGGAUUCUUUCACCCAGUGGCUUACCGCUUGGUUACCAAACCUGACUUGGCUUUGUAAUCUCUUUCAAUAUGCCAUUGUCAUAAUAUGUAUAUUAAUUUUGCUAUGUUGCUUCCUCCAGUGCAUUCCUGGACUCAUAAGUCUUUUGUCUCGGCUUCUCUCUCCCCCUCAGCCACCCAAUAAACUCAUUGCUGCCUACUUUGCAAAAUGGCAGCACCAACAAACAUUAGGGGAGAUGUGGGCAGACUUAUUUCGGGCAUGCGCUGGCAUACCACGUAUCCCGAAGUAUUUUUGUCCCGUCAACCCUGGCGAACUUAUUUCGGGCAUGCACUGGCAUACAACGUAUCCCAAAAUAUUUUUGUCUUAUUCACCCAGAAAUCAUACAGUAACCCCUCGCAAAUAAGAAAAGAAAGGGGGAGAUGCUGGGAAGUUUUUGCCUCUGCACAUGAGUCUGAGAAUGUUCUGAUCAGUUCCCAUUGAGUUCAUGAAACAGUGUACCUUGACCUGUUCUUAACGCAUUGUUGACCACAUCUACGGACUGCGAUUGUUAUGUUCUUUCAAGUCAUGCAAUAUCAAUCAUUAGUAACCAUGUCUUCCCUUUCCCAACCUUCAUGAUUAAUGCCCUUACAUUGUAUUCCUGUUAACCAAUCAGCAACGAGCGCACCUGUGGCAAUGUUGUAAUAUUCAAUAAAAGCUUCUUCUCGGGGUUUUGCUCGAGAGAUGCCUCUCACAUGACACCUGCUACUCGUCUGUCGUGAUUUCAUUCCAACAUCGUGCCAUGGUCAGAUGACUUCCUGGUGCAACUGGACUUCUCCGCGACCCUUCCCCUCUGCAAGGAGGUAGGACCGAUUCGGAUGGUCCGCCCCCACCACUUAAUGGAUCCAAAUAGUUUCCAGAGAGUGGUAGGGGAUGUUUUAUCCCAUGUUGAUGGCCUUUCAGCUGAUUCCCUGGUGGCCCACUGGAAUGCGGAGUUAACCAGGGCUAUUGACUAUUUGGCUCCAAAGUGCCCUUUCUGAUUGCAUGGAGCCUGGAUAGCCCCGUGGUUUUCCACGGACCUGAGGGCAAUGAAACAAUCACUGAGACGGCUAGAGCGCCGGCGGCGGAUAACUCAUUCUGAAUCUGACCAGACACGGGUUAAAGCUCAAUGUCGAGCCUACCAAGUGGCGAUAGCGACGGCGAAGAAGACUUUCUUCACCGCCUCUAUUGCAUCUGCAGAAAACAGCAGCAGGAGACUUUUUCAGGUGGUUCGCAAUUUAGUGGAACCACCUGCUACAUCGGGGCCCAGUAUGGGCCACAUGAUCUCCUGUAAUGAUUUUGCAAAGUUUUUUGCAGAUAAAGUAGCUCAGAUUCGGGAAGAGGUAGACUCCACUGUGGGAGCAGGGCCGGGGCGGGAGAGUGCUAGAGUCCUGUCUAGUCAAGCUGCGUGGGAUCAAUUCCAAUCUGUUACUUCCAAGGAUGUGGACAGGCUGCUUGGAUGAGUGAAACCAACCACCUGUCUCCUUAAUCCUUGCCCAUCCUGGCUUAUAAAAGCUAGCCAGGAAGGGCUGGGAGACGGGCUUCGCAGGGUGGUGAAUGCUUCUCUCUGUGAAGGAGCCUUCCCAGACCCACUGAAAGAGGCGGUUAUCAAACUGCUUCUUAAAAAACCAUCUUUAGAUGCGGCCAAUAUGGCCAACUAUCGCCCAGUUUCAAAUCGUCCAUUCUUGGGCAAGGUGAUUGAACUCCAGGCACGCCUUGAAGAAGCGGACCAUUUGGAUCCCUUCCAAUUGGGAUUCAGGCCUCAUCAUGGGACUGAAACUGCCUUGGUCGCGCUGGUUGAUGAUCUCUGGAGGGCUAGGAACAAAGGUGAGAGCUGUUUCCUAGUUCUGCUGGAUCUCUCAGCGGCUUUUGACACCAUUGACCAUAACAUCCUCCUGGACCGUAUAGAGGGGCUGGGAGCUGGGGGCACUGUUAUACAGUGGUUACGCUCCUUUCUCCUGGACCGUGUCCAGAAAGUGGGGGGGGGAUGAGUGUUCAGACCCUUGGGCUCUCACUUGUGGGAUGCCUCAGGGUUCUGUCCUCUCCCCCAUGCUUUUCAAUAUCUACAUGCAGCCGCUGGGAGAGAUCAUCAGGGGGUUUGGGCUGGGUGUUCAUCAGUAUGCGGAUGAUACCCAGCUCUACCUCUCUUUCAAAUCGGAACCAGUGAAGGCGGUGAAGGUCCUGUGUGAGUGUCUGGAGGCGGUUGGAGGAUGGAUGGCGGCUAACAGAUUGAGGUUGAAUCCUGACAAGACAGAAGUACUGUUUUUGGGGGACAGGAGAUGGGCGGGUGUGGAGGACUCCCUGGUUCUGAAUGGGGUAACUGUCCAGAGUGGUGCAUGCUCUGGUUAUCUCUCGCUUGGACUACUGCAAUGCGCUCUAUGUGGGGCUACCUUUGAAGGUGACCCGGAAACUACAACUAAUCCAGAAUGCGGCAGCUAGACUGGUGACUGGGAGCGGCCGCCGAGACCAUAUAACACCGGUCUUGAAAGACUUACACUGGCUCCCAGUAUGUUUCCAAGCACAAUUCAAAGUGUUGGUGCUGACCUUUAAAGCCCUAAACGGCCUCAGUCCAGUAUACCUGAAGGAGUGUCUCCACCUCCAUUGUUCUCCCCGGACACUGAGAUCCAGCGCCGAAGGCCUUCUGGCAGUUCCCUCCUUGUGAGAAGUGAGGUUACAGGGAACCAGACAGAGGGCCUUCUCGGUAGUGGCACCCGCCCUGUGGAACGCCCUCCUAUCUGAUGUCAAGGAAAUAACUAUCUCACUUUUAAAGGACAUCUGAAGGCAGCCCUGUUUAGGGAAGCUGUUAAUGUUUAAUAGGUUAUUGUAUUUUAGUGUUUUGUUGGAAGCCUCCCAGAGUGGCUGGGGAAGCCCAGCCAGAUGGGCGGGGUAUAAAUAAUAACAAUAAUAAUAUAUAUUAUUAUUAUUAUUAUUGUUAUUAUUAUUAUUACUACUACUACUACUAGCAGGAGCAGUGGUCAGGGAUGAUGGGAAUUUUAGUCCCAAAACAGCACACAUGAAAAACUUUAACCAAAUCCUUAUUUCCUGAUGAAUAGCCUUUGGAUUCUGGACACAUGGUCAGCAGACCCUGGGCACCUUCCACUGGACAUUCAAUAGAAUGGCUUUCGCCCCACCAUCAAGCUAACAAGGAACCAAUCUAUGCAAUAAAUGCAUUGUCUGGACACUACUAUAAAAAGACAGGAUGGGCUCAUAGACACCACCUGAGGCCGGAAACCAAACAACUGGCAAACAUAUCUAACAUGCUUCUGGCCACCACCCCAAACAUACCAAACAAUCCAUUGUGUAUAGCCAGGCUCUGUUCCAACUCUACAGACAGGGAUGCUCCCCUAAGAGAUCUGCAGCAAACCUUUUUGGAACUAAAAUAUCCGCCUGAUGGAAAAAAUAAAAAAUAAAAAAGGUAUCUGAAGAGGUGUGCCUGCACACGAAAGCUUCUACCCAGGACAAACUGAGUUGGAAAUGAAACUAACACCAACUGGCUCCUUUAGAUGGAGGAUGAAUGACACCUUAUUUAGAGAUGAAGAAGUGCUUAAGAAGGCCCAAAAAACCUUGAGAGACUAUUUUGAGAUAAAUAUGAGCACCAAUGUGGAAAAAAGAGUAAUCUGGGACGCAAGUAAAGUGGUUAUGAGAGGGUUCUUGAUACAACAGAAUGCAUUAAAGAAGAGAAUUCAAAAUGAGAAGAAGGACAAAAUAUUGGAGAAAAUAAAGGAAAGUGAAAAAAGAUUGAGAACAAAACCAAAGUCCCAAGAGAUUCUGAGAGAACUAAAGUUACAUCAAGUGCAAUUCAUGAAAAUGACAAAUCAGGAGAUAGAAUGGAAAAUUAAACAAAUGAGACAAAAGACAUUCGAGUCGGCUAAUAAAUGUGGGAAACUGUUGGCUUGGCAAAUGAAAAAAAGACAAAAAUUAAAUACAGUUACAAAUUUAGAAGUGGAAGGAAGGAAUAUACAGAACCCAGCUGAGAUUAGAAAUUGUUUCCAGAGGUACUUUAAACAACUAUACACACAAGGGCCAUUGAAAGAAACUGAUGUAGAUAGAUUUUUGAAAACAAAUGGAUUACAAAAAAUCUCUCAAGAAAAUAAAUUAAUGUUGAACUACAAAAUAACUGAACAGGAGAUAGAAGGUGCCAUUCAAAACAUGCAAUUGGGUAAAUCUCCAGGACCGGAUGGACUGUCUUCUAGAUAUUACAGAUCCUUGAAAGAAUGGCUAGUACAACCUUUGAAAGAGGUUUGUAAUGAAAUAAUGGAGGGGAAAAGGGCACCAGAGUCGUGGAAAGAAGCUUAUAUUACACUUGUACCGAAAACAGAGACUGAAAAGACGCAGCUUAAGAACUACCGCCCCAUAUCAUUACUUAAUGUGGAUUACAAAAUUUUUGCAGACAUUUUGGCUAAGAGACUGAAAAGUGUUGUUGGAAGAGAUUCAUAAAGACCAAGCGGGCUUUCUCCCAGGUAGACAUUUGUCUGAUAACAUGAGGAACAUAAUUGACAUUUUGGAGAAACUAGAAGUGAAUAUAAACACUAAAGCAGUUUUGAUAUUUGUGGACGUGGAGAAAGCCUUUGACAAUAUUUCUUGGAGUUUUAUGAAGAAGAACCUACAGGGUAUGGGGGUAGGCCAAGGUUUUGAAAACGGUAUAAGUGCAAUCUAUUCAGAACAAAAAGCUAAAUUAAUUGUAAAUAAUGUGGUGACGGAAGAAUUUAAGAUUGAAAAAAGGACACGACAAGGUUGCCCAAUCUCCCCACUGCUUUUUAUUUCGGUCCUGGAGGUUUUGCUGAACAUGAUUAGAAGGGAUCAGUUGGUUAAAGGUAUACAGGUUGGAGCCAAACAGUACAAAUUGAGAGCAUUUGCAGAUGACUUAGUAUUGACGUUACAGGAGCCAGAAUCUAGUACCAAAAGGGUUUUAGAAUUGAUUCAAGAAUUUGGUCAAGUUGCAGGAUUUAAAUUGAAUAAGGUAAAAACUAAGGUUUUAGAGAAAAAUCUAACACCAAUAGAGAGAGAGAGGUUUCAGAAUGAGGCAGGUUUAACAGUGGUUAAGAAAGUUAAAUAUUUGGGGAUUAACUUGACAGCAAAAAUGGGAACUUAUUUAAAGAUAACUAUGAAAGAUGUUGGGCUGAAGUGAAAAAAGACUUAGAAAUUUGGUCAAACUUGAAGGUUUCACUGCUGGGUCGUAUUGCUGCCGUAAAUAAGAAUGGAUUGCCUAGAAUGUUGUUUUUGUUUCAAACAUUGCAAAUUGUGGACAAAAUGGACUGUUUCAAGAGGUGGCAGAGAGAUAUUUCUAGAUUUGUCUGGCAGGGCAAGAAGCCCAGAAUUAAAUUUAAAAUACUAACAGAUGCAAAGGAUAGAGGUGGAUUUGCCCUGCCAGACCUUAAACUUUACUAUGAAUCAGCAGCUUUCUGCUGGUUGAAAGAAUGGCUGCUUCUUGAAAACACUGACAUUUUGGAUUUAGAAGGUUUUAACAACGUAUUUGGAUGGCAUGCAUAUCUGUGGUAUGACAAGGUCAAAGCACAUAAAGCAUUUAAAAACCAUAUUGUCAGGAAAGCACUGUUUAAUGUUUGGAUAAGAUACAAGGAUUUAUUGGAAAACAAAACUCCAAGGUGGCUGUCACCAAUGGAAGCGAAAGCCUUGAAAAAGCUCAAUAUGGAGGUCAAAUGGCCAAAAUAUUGGGAAAUUUUGGAACAAGAUGGGGACAGAUUGAAAUUGCAGAGUUUUGAAAAACUAAAAACAAAGUGCGAGACUGGCUUCAUUAUUAUCAGAUAAUGGAGGCAUACAAUUUGGAUAAGAAAAUUGGCUUCCAGGUGGAAAAAUCAAAAUUAGAAACAGAACUGUUAGAACCCAAAACUAAGAAUUUGUCAAGAAUGUAUAACUUGCUGCUGAAAUGGAAUACUCAGGAUGAAACGGUGAAAUCUGCUAUGAUUAAAUGGGCACAAGAUGUUGGACAUAACAUCAUGUUCGCUGACUGGGAACAGUUAUGGACCACAGGUAUGAAGUUUACGGCAUGUAAUGCCCUAAGAGAGAAUAUUAUGAAAAUGAUAUACAGGUGGUACAUAACCCCAGUUAAGCUUGCAAAAAUCUACCAUUUGCCUGAUAAUAAAUGUUGGAAAUGUAAAGAAACUGAAGGUACAUUUUUUCACCUUUGGUGGACAUGCCCAAAGAUUAAGGCUUUCUGGGAGAUGAUAUAUAAUGAAUUUAAAAAGGUAUUUAAAUAUACCUUCUUGAAGAAACCAGAGGCCUUUCUCCUGGGCAUAGUCGGCCAAUCGGUGUUAAAAAAGGAUGGAACUUUCUUUAUGUAUGCUACAACAGCAGCAGGAAUACUCAUCGCAAAGUACUGGAAGACACAAGAGCUACCCACACUGGAGGAAUGGCAGAUGAAAAUGAUGGACUACAUGGAAUUGGCGGAAAUGACUGGCAGAAUCCGUGACCAGGGAGAAGAGUCGGUGGAAGAAGAUUGGAAGAAAUUCAAAGAUUAUUUACAGAAAUAUUGCAAAAUUAAUGAAUGUUAGAGUGAUGUUGGAUUGAAGUUAAGUGGCUUCUAGCUGUACAGGCUUUAAAGUUAUAAAUAUAUCAAGAUUAAGGAUUAGGAUUAAAAAGGUUAAAAGAAUGGAAAAAUUGGUUUUUAAUAGGUAAAAAUUUAAUGUUAUAAUAUAUUAAGAUUAAGGAUUGGGAUUAAAAAGGAGGGAAAGAAAUUGCUGGACUAACAAACUGAAUUGGAAUACAAAAGAGGGAGGUAUGAGGAGGUCCGGGAAACAAGUAAAUGUAAAAGAAGUGAUGAAAAGACGGAAUUGUUUUUAACUGUUUUUUCUUUUUUCUUUUUGUAUUUUGCAUUGUGUAUUUUUUUUUAUUCUUAAAUUCUUCUUUUUUAUUAAUGUGAUUCUUUUCUUGUGAAACUUUAAUAAAUAUCAUUUAAAAAAACAAAAAACAAACUGAGUUGGCCUCUAAGGUGCUAAUUUUCUAAUUUAUUUUGACUAUGCCAGAAAUAAAUAUAUAUUUUUACAUAUUUAUUUUUUCAUUAUGAAUUAUGAUUAUGAUUAUCUUUUAUAUAUUUCUUCCUAACUUGCGCUAGCAAGUCCCUUUGCCAAGCCGAGUGCAUCCCCCUUUUGAAUGCAUAGCGGUUGGCUCAAGACUAGCUUCUCACUCGCCAUCUACCGGUAGAUCCCCGGCCGAUCCUGGUAGAUCGCCGGAUUCUUAUCGUGUACAAAAAGUUACGGGGGGGAGCUUAAAAAAUCUCUGUGCAAACCCCCCCCCCCCCGCAAAAAAGCUCAACAACUUUGGGCAAUAUACCCACCCCACGCACGCUCCCCCUCCCUCCAAUGACAACGGGUAGAUCACUGCCAGUUUUUUUAUACUGGGAGUAGAUCACAGUCUCUUGGGAGUUGGGACAUGCUUGAAUAUGACACGGCCUCCUCGUGACUGUUAUAACACCCCCCCCCCACCCCCAUAAAGAGAGAUGGAAAAAAUUGGACCGGGAACUGCCAGAUAAGAACCAAUAGAUGGCAGCAUUGGAAAGCCUUGCUAAAAAAAACACAUGAACAUGCAAAACUUACCUGGCUGGUUUCUCUAGUUACACACUCUUGCCUUUAAAAGGGAAACAGUGAAAAUCAUCAAGUAGAGGAGGGGAAACGUGCAGAGAAAUUGGAACAGAAGCUCAAUAAGCUAAGGCUGUCAGAUAGAUAGAUAGAUAGAUAGAUAGAUAGAUAGAUAGAUAGAUAGAUAGACAGAUAGAUGGUUGAUAGAUUAAAUAGAUAGAUGAUAGAUAGAUAGAUAGAUAGAUAGAUAGAUCAGGACCAGGGAGUCCCCCCACCUGUCCCCCUCACAACAGGACUUCGGUGUUGUCAGGAUUCAGCCUCAAUUCUGCUGCCUCCCCCUCCUCUCCCUCCAGGAGCUCCAUUUCAAGAAUCGCUACUGGCACGAGAACUGCUUCCGCUGCUUCAAGUGCUCCACGUCUCUGGUCAACGAGCCCUUCAUGCUGAAGGAGCACAACAAAGUGUGGUGCAACAAGUGCACCAUGGAUCAGGCCCCCCACUGCAAGGGCUGCCAGAAGCCCAUCGUGGCAGGUAGGACUCCCCUCAGCUGCCUUGCACCCCUUUGCUUCUUGCCCCACUCGACUAUGGAGCCUUGUCAUGGGGCAGCCAGCUGGGUUAUGGAACAUUUCUUUUACCAAAAUACUUACGUAACACGAAUUCAUUUUUAAUGUUGCGCACAAAACCAGAGCUGUCUUGUGCAUACACGUUGCCAGGGUGCAAAGACCUGUCCAGCGCAAUAAUAAUAAUAAUAAUAAUAAUAAUAAUAAUAAUAAUAAUUUAUUAUUUAUACCCCACCCAUCUGGCUGAGUUUCCCCAGCCACUCCGGGCGGCUCCCAAUUGAGUGUUAAAAACAAUACAGCAUUAAAUAUUAAAAACUUCUCUAAACAGGGCUGCCUUCAGAUGUCUUCUAAAAGUCAGAUAGCUGAUUAUUGCCUUGACAUCUGCUGGGAGGGUGUUCCACAGGGUGGGCACCACCACCAAGGCGGCCCUCUGCCUGGAUCCUUGUAACCUCACUUCUCGCAGGGAGGGAACCGCCAAAAGGAUCUUGGGAGAGGGACCCCAGUGUCCGGGGUGGAGGUGCUCCUUCAGGGAUACUGGGCCGAGGCCGUUUAGGGCUUUCAAGGUCAGCAUCUACCCUUUGAAUUGUGCCUGGAAAUGUCCCAGGAGGAAUGUAGGUCUUUCAGGACUGGAGUUAUGUGGUCUUGGCAGCCACUCCCAGUCCCCAGUCUGGCUGCCGCAUUUUGGAUUAGUUGUAGUCACCUUCAAAGGUAGCCCCAUGUAGAGCGCAUUGCAGUCGUCCAAGCGGGAGAUAACUAGAGCAUGCACCACUCUUGCAAGACAGUCUGUGGGCAGGGAGGGUCUCAGCCUGCGUACCAGAUGGAGCUGAUAAACAGCUGCCCUGGACACAGAAUUAACCUGCGCCUCCAUGGACAGCUGUGACUUCAAAAUGACUUCCAGGCUGCGCACCUGGUCCUUCAGGGGCACAGUUACCCCAAUCAGGACCAGGGAGUCCCCCACACCCACCCGCCCCCUGUCCCCCAAAAACAGUACUUCUGUCUUGUCAGGAUUCAACCUCAAUCUGUUAGCCACCAUCCAUCCUCCAACUUCCUCCAGACACUCACACAGGACCUUCACUGCCUUCACUGGUUCAUAUUUGAAAGAGAGGUUGUAUCUCUGCAUACUGAUGAACACCCAGCCCAAAUCCCCUGAUGAUCUCUCCCAGCGGCUGCAUGUAGAUAUUGAAAAGCAUGUGGGAGAGGACGGAACCCUGAGGCACCCCACAAGUGAGAGCCCAGGGGUCUGAACACUCAUCCACCACCACGUUCUGGACAAAAUAUACUUUAGCCCUUCACAUAUGCGCCGCCCGGGUGCAAAGACCAGCCCAGUGCCCCCCAAAUUUAGUUAAUUUUGCACGCAUGGCACCACAGAGAAUGACAAGUGCCGCUGUUGAGUUGGACAGGCGCCGAUAUUGUGAAUGAGAAGUGCUGCUGCGGGCGCACCACAUCUUUGGUAAAUGAGCUCACAAAUUUGAAAGUCCUCGAGUGAAACAGUGGGUCUACAUUUUGGGAAUACCUAGGUAUAGAUGUCUAUUUUUUCCUAGCUCUGGCAUAGGCAAGCUCAGCCCACCAGAUGUUUGGGGAGUACAACUCCCAUCCUCCCUGACUACUGGUCCUGUUAGCUAGGGAUGAUGGGAGUUGUAGUCCCAAAACAUCUGGAGGGCUGAGUUUGCCAAUGCCUGUACUAGCUUGAUCAAAAUCACCACAUUUCCCCGUGUAUAAGACUAGGUCCCCCCCCCCUUAAAAAUAAUGUCAAAAAUUAGAUGGCGUCUUAUACUAGGAUCCAUCUACCCCACCCCACCCCAUUUUCUUCAAUCUGAGUCCCCCCCAAAUAGGGGACAUCUUAUGCAUGGGGCCGUCUUAUAGAUGGGGAAAUAUGGUAUUUAUUCUUUCAUAACAGGUAGAGGCAGCUCUUAACAAAUCCAAACUGCAAGAACCAUAUAAAUAAUCAAAACCAUUAGUCAGGUAGCUAUUGUGGAAAUAGGUAUUCUUCAUUGUCUGUUGGAAUAGAGUUUUCAGCCAGUAUUUAAAAGUGGAAACAGAGGGUUCCCACUGAAUCUCUGGUAGCAGAAUAUUCUGCAAUAAUGGUUUGGUUUCCUUUUCAUUGUCAAACAAACAUUCAGGCAUCAUUGCUUGUUGAAAGUGGAGUUGCAAACUGUUUCCCGGUUUUCUGGUUGACAUGGGAUUUUUGACCUGGAAGAGCACGCAUGCUUUUUGCCAGCCCCACCCCACUAUAAUCCAUGUACUAUAGUCCAAGAGAUUCAUUAUUCCUAUUUUUUAUUUUCAUCUUUAUUUCAUUUCAUCGUAUUGCAGAAUCUAGUGUCAAUUAUGACAUUGAUAAAAAUCCCCGUUUCCUCUCUCAUUCUGUUUCUGUGACUUCCCUCUGCCACAUGGCAGCCUUUCAUACAUUUUGAACUUGUCAUUGUGUGUGUGUGUGUGUGUGUCAUAAUAAAUAACAAGAUGAAAAAAUAUUUAAUAAUUCCAGUGGCACCUUAAAGAUCAACUAAAUAUAAGCUUUCAAGGUAUGAGGUUUUGUGUGUAAUACGCACUCCGUCUGAUACUCUGACAACACAACAUCCUUUAAUACAUUUUGAACUUGUUAUUGUGUGUGUAUCUGAAGAAGUGUGCAUACAUGCAAAAGCUUAUACCAAAAACUACUCAGUUGGCCUCUAAGGUGCUGCUUUUUAUUCUUUUGGAAGAAUUCUUUGAAAGACUUUCUUAGAUCGUAUCACUUUUUGGAAGACUUGAUUCUUUUAAGGAAGUUUUUAGAUUUUUAAGAAAAGUCUUUUGAACUAUCUUUUUAAAGAAUGGUUUUGGUAUAUUUUGAUGAUGGCAGACCAACAUGCCUACCUACUUGAAUCUGUUAGAAAUAUGGGCAGUUCAUAAAAAACCUUUUUCUUAAAAUGCCUUUUCCAAAGGUCUUAUCUUACUACACUAGGGGUUAUAUAGUUAUCUCUGAAAUUUCAUGCAUAUCAGUUAAUAUCUUGACCCUGCUCUGCUGAAUUGACAUUUCAGCCUUCACAACAUAGGAAAAUGGCCAAGUAAACAGCUAUUUUCAUGGAGGAGGGUCAAGAUAUUAACUGAUAUGCAUGAAAUUUCAGCUAUAGCUAUAUAAUCCCUAGUGUAGUAAGAUAGGAGCUUGGGAGCAAGCAUUUUCAAAAUAGAGUUUUUUUAUAAACCGUCCUACUGAACACCCAAUGCUUUUCAGUGGAGCAGGGUCAAGAUAUUAACUGAUAUGCAUAAAAUUUCAGAUAUAUCUAUAUAAUUCCUAGUGUAGUAAGACCAGACUUUUUUAUGAAUCACCCUAAUAUCUAUUAGUUACUUUGGCCCCCAGGACAAUCUGACAAUAAUUUUCCCACUCCUUUACGAAGUUAGCCCACGCAUAUCAAUCCAUUUGUUUUGGAUCAAUGUUUGGUCAUUCUUCCAAACUAGUUCCGUUCCUUCUGACGUUUCGGUUCCAAUGGAAAUCUCAUGGUUGCGGUCAUUUUAGCCAACUCUAUGAAUUCACAUAAUUUGUUUAGCCAACUUGAUGAGUUCACACAAUUUGUUUAACCAAUCUUCUACUGAGGGGAUGUUGUCCCCUUUCCAAUUUUAGAGUCCAAGAGAUUUAGACCACUGUGUUUCAUCACUGCGAGAGGUGAGGUUACAGGGAACCAGGCAGAGAGCCUUCUUGGUGGUGGCGCCCACCCUUCAGAUGUCAAGGAAAUAAUCAACUAUCCUACUUUUAAAAGACAUCUGAAGGCUGUUGAGGGAAAAUUUUUAAUGUUUGAUGCUGUAUUGCAGGGACGUCCAACUCUCAAGAGAUUGCGAUCUACUCCCAGUAUAAAAAAAACUGGCAGUGAUUACCCUCUUUUUUUGGGGGGGGGGUUCAGUUUAAAGUUGUUCCUAUCCCUAACCCCUAUCCCUAACUCCUAUUUCUAGCCCCUAUCCUUAACCCCUGUUCCUAUUCCUAUCCCUAAUCUUGCAUUUUUAAUAAUUGAUUGGGAGCCACCCAGAGUGGCUGGGGAAACCCAUCCGGAUGGGUGGGCUAUAAGUAAUAAAUAAUAAUAAUAAUAAUAAUUAUUAUUAUUAUUAUUAUUAUAGCUUUCAGCUUGCCAUUCGUGAAUCACAAUUUUCUCAGUGCCACAAAUUGCAUCAAUCUGGCAGUGAGCACCAUCUCUUUCCCUCCCUCUUUGCAGGCGACCAGAAUGUGGAAUACAAGAAGACUGUCUGGCACAAGGAGUGCUUCACCUGCAGCCAGUGCAAGCAGGUGAUUGGCACCGCCAGCUUCUUCCCCAAGGAUGACGAGAUUUAUUGCACCUCCUGCCAUGAGCAGAAAUUUGCCAAGACCUGUGUGAAGUGCAAGCAGGUAAGUUGUGCCGACCCACCCUCCCCCAGCUUACCUGGAUCCCAUUUGGAUCCUGGCUUUCCCCCAAAGGGCUCGGAGCUGCGCUCAUUAUCAGAGUUUCCUCCGCCAGUUCGGAAGGUGCGCCAAAAGGCACUUAUGCUGACCAAUGCACCCACUCUUCUUUCACCACAGCCUCUCUUGGUACAGUUCUUAACGGAGGACAUAUGGUGGAGAUAAGGUCAGGGUCAAGGGACUCCUGGAAAGUUCAGUCCAGUCCAAGGCGGCGAUGGGGUUGCAGCACUCAUAGGGGUUAAAGAUAGGGAUAGGGAUAGCAGGCAUGUCCAACAGGUAAAUCAUGAUCUACCAGUAGAUCACUGGACAUCUGUGGUAGAUCACUGGCUCUCCCUAAAGAAGCUCAACAAGGUCAACAUCUUUGCCCUGCACCCCCAAAAAGGGGUAGAUCACUGCCAGUUUUUAACUGUGAGUGGGUUGCAGUCUCUUGGGAGUUGGCCACCCUAGGUAUAGGGGUUAGGGAUGUCCAAAGUCCGUUUUGGGGGCCUAAUCUGGCCCACCAGUGGAUUUAAUCUGGCCCCCGUGGCAGUAUAGGUCCUGGGGUAAAAUCCUAAAAAAAGCUCAGCAACUUCAAUGCUAAAAAAAGCUUAACAACUCUGGUUGGCCCUCUGGCCCUUUUGAUUUAAAUCACUCAUCAUUAAGGCUUGAUUAAAAACCUUUUUUUCAGAAAGGUUAAACCUUGCUGGCAUCCUCCUAAUAUUGACAACCAGAGGAAGGUUUCAUUUUUGGAAUCAUAAAUUCUCAGAGGAAUUUUUACAGUUAAAUAAAAUAUGACUGAUUUGGUUCUACUAUGAGAAAUACAUUGACAGAUAAAGAUGAAAUUAUAGUGAGGUUUCAUAAGUUAACUGAUUCUAUUUGGACAACUUUUCUGCUGUAUUUGAUUGGAAGGAGAAAAAACAUUUCCUUCAUAACAAUUUAAACCAUUUAUUUCACUAAAACAGUAACGUGCUAGCAUAUGGCUCCACGUUUGUUAACUGAGGUGCUUAAACUUUUUUUCUUUUUUAAACCCAACAGACUGAGUUUUAGCACUUAAAAACAAAUCCUUAUUUCCUGACGAAUAGCCUUUGGACUAUAAUGUAAUUUCAAUAGAAGACCUUUAGAAAGAUUUUUCUUCCCAAAGCAUUUCAUUUUUAAAAUCCUGAUUUGAAUAAUAAUAAAAAUCCCAUUUAAAUCAAAAUUAAGAGUUUGUGGGUUUUUUAAAGUCAUAAUUGAAAAAAUCAGAAGAAUAAUUCAUAAAGAAAACAGUUUAUAAGAAGUAAACAAGGAGGCCAUGUACAGGAUAAAGGAAGUCUUUUAUUCUGACGUUUUAUGUUAUGUUUAUUUUAUGUUAUGUUCAUGUCUAAUGGUGGUGGAUUUGUUGAUUUGAGUUGUGGUGGAUUUAUGUUGUACAAUGUACAGUGGUACCUUGGUUUACAACCAUAAUCCGUUCCAGAGGUCCAUCUGUAAACCAAAACAGUUUGGAACUUGAGGCACGCUUUUGCCAAUGGUGCCUCCCCCCCAAAAUUGUUUGUUAUCCCCCCCAAAAAAGGGGGGGGAAGGGCUGUAAUCCAAAAAAAGGUUGCAAUCCAGGAUAAGCACUUCCAGGUUUGAUAUGUUUGUAAUCCAGAACGUCUGCAAACCAAGACGUCUGCAAACCAAGGUACCACCGUAAAUAAAAUUUAAAUUAAAUGAAAAUUUUUAAUACAAAUGGUCGUCAGAUUAAUUCAAAUGAAACCCCCCCCAUCCAAAUAUUUUUUUUUAUUAUAAAAAAAUCAUUAAAAAAAUCAUUGUCCACCCACAGAAGAAAGCUUCCACAGGUGACACAGGGUUCGGGGUGGCUGGGACGAAUGGUUCCCCAGGAGUCGAAGCAGCGCUUGACCUUUGACUUCCUUCCCCACGCCAGGCCAUCACCUGCGGAGGGGUCGCCUACCAGGAGCAACCGUACCACUCCGAGUGCUUUGUGUGUGCCACCUGCUCCAAGAAACUGGGAGGGCAGCGCUUCACAGCUGUGGAGGAUCAAUUCUACUGCGUCGAUUGCUACAAGUCCUUUGUGGCCAAGAAAUGCAGCGGUUGCAAGAACCCCAUCACAGGUGGGUCAGUGAUGGGUCCGGGACAGGUGCCUGGAGGUGGUUGGAGGAUGGGUGGCGCCUAACAGGUUGAGGUUGGAUCCUGGCAAGGCAGCAGUCCUGUUGUGGGUGGGCGGGUGUGGGGGACUCCCUGGUCCUGAAUGGGGCAACUAUGCCCCUGAAGGACCAGCUGCGCAGCCUGGGGGUGAUCUUGGACCCAAGGAGGCACAGGUCCAUUCUGUGUCCAGGGCAGCUCCAUCUGGGACGCAGGAUGAGACCCCUCUCUGCCCAGAGCGGUGCAUGCUCUGGUUAUCUCCCGCUUGGACUACUGCAGUGGCAGCCCAACUCGGCCCUCCAGCUGUUUGGGGACUACAGUGCCCAUCGUCCCUGACUGCUGGUCCUGUGAGCUAGGGACAAUGGGAGUUGUAGCCCCCAAACAGCUGGAGGGCCAAGUUCAGCUAUCACUGGGAUAUAGGGUAUAUCAGAUUCUUCUGCUAUAGGAUACACAGGAUAUAUAUUCCGUUCCAUUCAUUCAUAUAUUCAGUUCCAUUUGUUCAUUUGCUUCCCAAAAGCUCGACAACUUUGAUAUGUCCAGUGUCAAUGGGUAUAUCACUGCCAGUUUUUUUAUACUGGGAGUAGAUCGCAGUCUCUUGAGAGUUGGACAUCCCUGGCCUAGCUCAUAAGCAAUUAAGUCAAGCAUCCCCAAACUCGGCCCUCCAGCUCUUUUGGGACUACAACGCCCAUAGUCUCUGACCACUGGUCCUGGGAGCUAGGUAUGAUGGGGGUUGUAGUCGAAAACAGUUGGAGGGCCAAGUUGGGCCAUGCCUGAUCUAGAGUAGUGGUGGCCAAACUUGGCCCUCCAGCUAUUUGAGGACUAAAACGCCCACCAUCCCUGACUGCUGGUCCUGCUAGCUAGAGUUGUAGGCCAGGUUUGAGGAAGCCCACAAGCUCAUUGGAGGGAAGCCCACCUACCUGUCCCUGAACUCCCCCACUCCUUCUUCCAGGCAUACAAUUCCCAUCAUCCCCGACCACUGGUCCUGUGAGCUAGGGACGAUGGGAGUUGUAGUCCCAAGACAGCUGGAGGGCCAAGUUUGCCUAUGCCUGAAUAAGUGACCUGUGUGCUUCCUUCUCCUUCCUUUCUAACCCUUCCCUCCCUGCUCCUCCUCUGAACUGGCAGGUUUCGGGAAAGGAACCAACGUGGUCAGCCAUGAAGGCCACUCCUGGCACGACUACUGCUUCAACUGCAAGAAGUGCUCCAUCCCGCUGGCCAACAAGCCCUUCGUUUUCCACAGCGAGCAAGUCUACUGCCCCACCUGCGCCAAGAAGCUGUAAGGGGCGGAGCCAGGAGCAAAGGGGGGGCGCGGCCUCGCCUCUUCCCUGGAGGGGCUUGAUCCGUGUGCUUGGAGAAAACCUGCCCACUCUCCUGCCCACAUUUUAGGCUUCCCCAUCCCCAUCCUUAAGUGGUGCCCGGCAUCUCCCCCCUCCCCAUCUGAUAGGUGGCAUUCAAUAAAAGCUCUGCCUUAGCAUCCUACCUGCUGCUAACCUUGCUUAAAAUCCCCCCCUUUUUAAAGGAAAGAUCCUCUUAUUUUCUUGCCAUGCUUCGCAGGUGCCGGCCGAAGUUUAGGCUCAAGCUUUGCACAUCCAAAUGUACUUACUGAUAACCAGGGUGGAUUUGAUUUAAAUCAUAUAUUCAGUAAGACUGGAUUUCAAUCACUAGUCAGGAAGACUUGAUUUAAAUCAUUUUUUAAAAAACAGAAAGGUUCAACCUCGCUGGGAUCCUCUUGCCAUGCUUCGUGGGUGCCGGCUGAUGUUUCGGCUCAAGCUUCACACAACCAAAUAUACCGCACUUUCCCAUCUAGAAGACUCCCCCUUCUGUAAAAUGCCCCCUAUUUUGAGGGACUAAAAAUUUCCAAAAUUGGGGGGGCGGGGAUUGUUGAGCUUUUUUUAGGGUGCGUUGCCACAAAUUGCCUACCCGCUGUGGUCACCGAGGGGUCUUUGCAGCCUGCGCUUUGAGUCUUAUAUAGAACCUCGUUCUUCUACACGGAAAAGUACGGUACUUGCUGAUAACUGAGCACAUACAGCUAAUUAGUCUUUUUCCGUGUAUAACAUGCCCCCAUGUACAGUCAUACCUCAGGUUGAAGUAGCUUCAGGUUAAACAUUUUCGGGUUGUGCUCUGUGGCGACCCGGAAGUAACGGAGUGUGUUACUUCCGGGUUUCGCCGCUUCCGCAGAUGCUCAAAAUGACGUCAUGGGCACGUGGCUAAUUGCGGCACACGCGGACGCAGGUUGCGUUUGCUUCAGUAUGUGAACGGGGCUCCGGAACAGAUCCCGUUCGCAUCCAGAGGUACCACUGUAUAAGAUGCCCCCUAUUUUGGACUGGACUUAACUGGCAGGAGUCCUUUACCUUUAUUUUGGGGGACUCAAAAAUUAAGAAAAUGGAGGGAGAUUGCCCCCAGGUAUAAGAUUACCCUUCCCCUUUUUGCAUUAUUUUUUAGUAAAAAAACAACCACCCUAGUCUUAUACAAGGAAAAGUAUGGUAGGUUACUAACUUCUAAGUGAGCAGUAAGAUGAGGGCUGAAAUCACAUGACUGCUUUUGAAACAGAAAUUUUUGCUUUUCCUUCCUGGGGAGCAAAAGAUCGCGAGAGAGUUUGAAGCCGUUUUAAAGGUUCACUCACUGACCCUUUAAAAGUCUAAACAGGGCUGCCUUCAGACGUCUUGCUGAUUUCCUUGAGAUCUGAUGGGAGAGGGUGCCACCACCAAGAAGGCCCUCUGCCUGUAUUAAACUGAAUCCUGGGGUGGGGUGGGAGGCAAAAUGCUUGUGUGCUCUUCCAUAUAAAAAAUCCCAGGAAAGCCAGGAAAUGGCCGGCCUGAGCCCUUCGCAACGUCAGUUUCCACAAGCAAUGAUGCCUUCAUAUUUGUUUGACAAUGAAAAGCAGGGGUCAGCAACCUUUUUCAGCAGGGGACCGGUCCACUGUGCCUCGGAUCUUGUGGGGGCUGGACUAUAUUUUUUGGGGGGAAAUGAACAAAUUCCUAUGCCCCACAAUUAACCCAGAGAUGCAUUUUAAAUAAAAGGACACAUUCUACUCAUGUCAAAACAUGCUGAUUCCCAGACCAUCCGCCAGCCGGAUUGAGAAGGCAAUUGGGUCGGCCCCAGCCCCCAGGCCUUAGUUUGCCUAGCAAUGCCCUAGGUCAGGCACAUCCAACAGGUAGAUUACUUUGGCUUCUCCCAAAAAGCUCAGCCACUUUUGUUUCCUAGCCAAAAAGUGGGCCAUCAGAUUAAGUUCCACUAUAUAGGACUGGGGAUUCAUGACCCUUAACUGUGUUUUAUGUAAUCAACUUUUGGUUAUGUUCUGUGUAUCUCACAACGUUCAUUCAGUUCUAUUAAUUUAUAUAUUCAGUUCCAUUCAUUUGCUCCCUAAAAAAAAAAGCUCAACCACCUUGGCUUCCCCAAAAAAGCUCCACAACUUUGAUCCAUCCAACGACAACGGGUGGAUCACUGCCAGUUUUUUUUAAGACUGUGAGUAGAUCACAGUCUCUUGGGAGCUGGACAUCCCUGCCCUAGGUCAGGGUGUCAAACUCAAAUUCAUCGGGGUCCGCAUCAGCAGUUUGGUCACCCUCAUGCGCUCAAUAUAAAAACAAGUGGAGGUUUCCUGAAUGCACGUAGAGUGGAGGUUUCCUGUGUAGAACGGCCGGCGCCGCUAGAGGGCAGACGUUCUCUGGCUUGUAGGCUGCCGCGCAUGCGCUGAAGAGGCGGCUUUCUUGUGUCAAAAAAAAAAGAAGCGAGAAUAAAAGGUGAAGGGUGGCGGCCGGCGGCGGCUACACGGGCCACAUGACAAGGUCUGGUGGGCCGGAUUCGGCCCGUGGGCCUUGUGUUUGACACCCGUGCCCUAGGUGAUAGUAUGUCAAUAUGCAGAUCUGAUCAGCAUCACAUGGUCCAGCCCAGAAACGUCUCCAGAAAACCUGGCCUUCGCAGAUUAACACAAUGAAACCCUUGAUGCGCAUGAAGGAAUAAAACCAAACGUUUGCAACACACAAUUUCCUCCACCCAUUCUUAGCUGAUACUUGUAUCUGUUAUCACACCCAAGGUUGCGUCCAAUGAAGUGUCUCAUGGGGAAUUAAGGGGAGGGGGGAUUACGGAAAUCUACGUGUGCUUGGUUCAAAACUGUAUAAGAAGUAAGAAACGUCUCCCGUUUGGAGUCUUCUCCUUUCCUCCUUGGCGAGACUGGCUUUGACCCUGCUGCCGCAGAAAUCUCAAAUAAAGGUCCAGCAUCUUCGCUGCUUUGCUUCAACUUGCCUGGGUUUGUAUUCCGUUUUUGCAUGCCGGCCGCGGGAACCUUCACAGGUCCCAUAUGACAGGAGUCCCUUAUUUUUCACCAUUCCUGGAAGCCUCGUGUGGGAACAUAGAUGGACACCAUAGAUGGUGUCCAUAGAUGGACACCAGAGACAAAGUAUGACAAACUAGUAACAAGAAAAAACUCAGAAUGGAUGAAAAUGAGAUCAUAAGUAUGGAUAUAUGGUAAACAGGGCAAUUCAGAAAUGCUCAGAUAAAAGUGAUUACAUCUGGAAGUCAGGGAGGGGGAUGGGAGGAAGUCAAAGCUCAAUUUGAGCAAAGAUCUAUGUGAUGAAGAAAUGUUAUUUGGUUGUUAUAAAGCAGGCAUGUCCAACAGGUAGUAUGACUGGAUGUCUGUAGAGAAGCUCAACAACUUUGGCUCCCCUAAAAAAGCUCAACAUUUAAAAUGGUGCCUUCCUCCUCCCUAAAAAAGGUCAACAACUUUGACCUGAACCUCCCUAAAAAAAAAGUCACCCACUUAGACCUGAAUCCCUUUUUUUAAAAAAAGGGCUAUUCUUCCUAAAAAAAGCUCACCCACUUUGAUCUGAAUCCCAGAAAAGGGGGCAGAUCACUGCCAGUUUAGAUCGCAGUCUCUUGGGAGUUGGCCACCCCUGUUAUAAAGGG